UGUAAAUGGAAACUGAACUCAUAUAGGCAUGAGCACAAGCGGCAGGAAACCGCCUGGGCUGUGUCUUAUCCUUGCAGGAGCAGCCCUGGUAGAAAAAUCAGCCUGCAUGCGCAGAUCUAAAGUAGCACCGGCAGACCCAGAUCCUUUCCCCGGAUUGUUUUUCCGCUCAUUGAUUCUGCACAACCCUCCUGCCUUUCCCAAAAGCUCAGCGAAAUGCACACUGCGCAUGCGUACUUGUCUCCCUGCCCCGCCACCCCCGGUCUCCUCCUUGAUUCCGACGCCAGGAGCCUCGCCUCUUCCCUCUCCCUCCGCUAUCACGUGACUAGCCGCAAAGGCUGCCGGGAGCAGGCUGACCCGGUUGUCUGGGCUCUCCGGAUUCAAUAUGGCGGGUCUGGGCGGUCACUGAGGGGCUUGGCGGGGCGGCGGGUGUCAGCGCGGGCAGCCCAACUCUGCGCUCGUCUGCGGCGGGGAUUCGGCCUCAGCGCUCGAGCGGGGAAGCGUCUCCAGGAGGAAAGGAGCGGGCUAAGCCGGCCGGAGGGGGCCGGCCCUUCGCUUGGGCUCAGCGCGGCGGGCCGCCCUGUCAGUCGGCCGGAGCGAUGGCCCAGCGAGUGCAGUCGGCGCAGGAGUUCCUCCAGGACUCGUUCGUGCCGUUGGUGGCCGCGCUGUGCAGCGAGGAGGCGGAGAAGGUCACCCGCAAGAACAACCUGGGCUUUUGCGAGCUCAUAAAGCCUUUCUGUCGCCUCACUUCGGAAGGUCGGUGUCACCUGGCGGGAGCGGAACUGGGUUGUUUACAUGGUGGGAGGGGAAGGGAGAGCCGCCGCCGGAGCACCCCUGCCACCGCCGCCGCCGCCCCGUCCCUUCCGGGUGUGGGUGCUGCGAGACAGCUGGGCGGGGGCAGUAUGUACAUCUCCAGAGCCCUCCGAGGCAGGAGCCCCUUUCACUGUGUUGACUUCCCCCUUUGCUGAAGUUCCGACUUCAGGCAGCUGCCUCCCAUACAGAUCGCUUGCCAAAUUCCCCCUUCUGCGAAAGCCAGGAGGGUACUUGUUCACGUGGGUGAUGACAUCUUGUUUACUCUGAAGGGGGGAGCAUUGGAUCCGGCUUAUGCUUUCACUCCAGCGGGGCAAAUGUCUCUGAAGUGUGAUGUCCAGGGGCCUUUGCAGCGACAGGGACAUCAGCGUUAAAGUCACUGGGACCCUCGUGGGCAGAAUUACGCUCUGCUGUUCGUCAAUGUUUUGGUUGUAUUUUGUGAAAGUGGUGUCCUUUACAGUUUUUCCACACUUCAGAGGUAAAAGAUGACACAGAAUGCCUUACAAGUGCUGGCUCAAAUUAAACCCUGUUGAUGUGAGCCAUGCGAGUGGUUAUUAACAAUGGAUGUGUCAGUUGUAACCUCAGUUUUAUGUACUGGAGACUGCUUCCUAUGAGACUUAGACUGAUUUGCCAAAAUGAUUAUAUAAUUUUGUACCAAUAGGAAUAUUUCAUAUGUUUCUCAAACAAGUCUAUUACACAUAGGUGAUGUUUGAAAAAGGAAUAAAUUACUUUAACUUGGCUGUUACAACCUAGGAAAGCACAUUUAACAAAAUGCUCACCUUUGCUAAAUGAAAAUCAGUUAGAAACAUCAAGUAAUUAUUAAUUUGUUUUAUACAUUAUUGCUUUGUAUUUAUUAUGCUAUCUGAACAUUAAAAGCAUUAAAUACAAUUUUAGCUGGUUAAGCAGUGUUUUUAUUAAAUAUGCACAUUUUCUGCUGCUGUAAAAUGACAUCUAUAGAUAGUAAUGAAAUGGAUCUUGAUGAAAAAUAACAAUUUUCAGAAGAACUGCUUUUGUAUUGUUCUUCUUUUUUGCUAGUGUAUUACUCCAAGUAAGCAGGACAUUGCUUAAAGGCACAUGAAGCAGCAUCUUUGUUGAAGUUAAGCAGGCUUGGAUCUGGUCAGUGCUUAGAUGGGGGACCAUCAGUGAGCUCAGUGUAUGCUGUUAUCAUGCAGGAAAUAUAGGAUGUGAAUGUAACAAAUAAAUGCCCAUACAUUUAGGAUUAAGUUGUUGGAAUUCUAAUUGUGCGCAUGCUAGGCUCGUUUGAAAUAUACACAUAUGUGGACAACUUUUCUGCCCCAAAGAAAUAAUAAAUUCUUCAACCACUCUGCUAGAAUAAGUGAUGGCCACUUCCUGCCAGCAUUUCUGAGUACUGUAUUUUAUACCAGCUUUUGUGAAUGAGUACAGUGGAGAUAUCCCAGUUCCCUCCACAAACAGAAGGAGCCCUUUAGUUGCAAGUGGGGAUGAUAUCCACACCAUUAUAUUUCUCAUAUUAUAAUCACUAUAUUGAUGCAGUCUUUAAUUAUGUUUCUUACCUGUGCUGAACCUUCAUGGAUAGAAACAAUAAGUAAUUACAAUUGGUAGGUAAGGUGUAUGUUAAACAGGGGUGUUGGCAUGCUGCCUACCAAACUGUAUUUUAAGUUGCUCCUUUCAUUUGCACCUUGUUUUAAUGUGUCCAGAAUUAGGAAAUGUGAAUUAGAGGCAGGAAGAUUUUCAGCUGGAGAUCUACCAAGAAUUUCUGCAAUUCACAGAUGUGCCUGUUUGGAAACAUAAUGAACAGGAAAAGUAUACAAGGUUGAGGGCAAUUUCUGUGAAUUUGGAAAAGUGUCAGAUAGGAGACUAGAAAUGGAAGGAUGUCAAAGCGACAAUUUUAGUUACAAACUAAGAAUGUGAAUACCAGUUUUUCUUAGGAUUUAUAACUCAUCCAAAGGUGUUCAGGACAGGUAAAAACUGCUUAGAUAUAGUGAUUGUAAAAUGAGAAAUAUAAUGGCGUAGAUCUCACACACACCAAACCGCAACCAAAGGGUUCCUUUUGCUUGUUGAGGGAGCUGGGUUACUUCCACUGUUGGAGGCAGUAUGUGCCUGCGUGCGGGUUGCUGGGAAUCACAAGUGGGAAGAGUGCUGUUGUACUCAGUUCCCUGCUUUCAGGUUUCCCAUAGACACCAGGUUGGCCACUGUGAGAACAGGAUGCUGGAGUAGAUGAGCAUUCGCCUGAUCCAGCAGGCUCUUAUGUUCUUACUCUUUGGAGGUUUCCAGUGGAGUGCAGAGGUUAGUGGCCUCCCCCCCCCUCCCGGACCCCAUUUCCCCUGCAGUCCCUGCGUUACUUCUCUGAAGGCUCCUCCAACUCUUUGGAGAAGAUUUUCAAGGGGAUUCAGGUGGGAGUGAAGAACAGCAAAAAUGAUUUUCCUCUUCCACUGACAGAGCAUCCUAUUAGUGGAACUCUGAUCAUGAGAUGUUGCUGCCAUUGCAACCUUCAUAUGGAUCCAAGCCAUUAUUAUAACAUAUACAAUAUGUACUGCAAAAUAAUAUACUCAUAAUAGUUUCCUGCAUUAAAUUUAUCAAAACAGAAGGGCAUGUUGUAGAUAGGGCUAGGGAUAUAGGUUUUUUUUUAAUAGGGGAAGGAUAUUUUGCUUGUUUGGUUAUCCCUAUAAAGCAUAGGUUUAUUGUAAUGGGAAUGCCUAAAAUAGUAUUUGCAAUUGGCAUCAACUCAUUGUUACUAAUGAGCUUUUCAAACAGAAAAUUUUCCACAAAAAAGAAGCACUAGAAAAUUUUCCAGUGCUUGACAUCACUGACAGAAAUUUCUACUAUUGAAAACAUAAAUCACUUUUAAAAAUGACUUGAAUACUUCAGAGGGAAUGCUGUGCUGACAGCAACAACUGAAAUUAUGUUUCUUUGUGAAGUCCCCCCCCCCCCACAUCUGAAUACCCUGUCCUUGGUUCCAUGUUGAAUGCUUCUAGCACUUUCAAUAAUGUAAAAUAGUAUAAUCCCAUGCAUGUUUAAUCAAAAGUGCACCCUACUAACUCCAGUGGGAGUUACUUCUUAGAGAGAUUGCAGUCUAAAGGAAUGUUCUCAUUUUGAAUAUUUUGUGAGAGGAGAUCUUGCUUGCCUUUUCAAAAUUUUUGAAGACACUAUAUGUUUUGAUUUUUUUUUACAGAAAUGUUGUGUAUUGAGCAUUGCUUCAAAGCAGACUAGUCUAACACAGCUAUUUUCUUACUUUAGUGCACAUGAGAGAUCCCAACAACCAACUUCACAUAAUCAAAAACUUGAAAAUUGCUGUCAACAACAUUAUUACACAGCCACCUCAACAAGGAGCCAUUCGGAAGCUUCUGAAUGAUGUUGUGACUGUUAGUCAGCCUGCUGAAGGAUUAGUAGCUAAUGUGAUUACUGCGGGAGAUUAUGAUCUCAACAUUAGUGGUAUGUAACAAGACAUUGAAAUGUGUUAAUGAUUUUAUAUUUUGUUUUGUUUUAUAUUUUCCCAGUGAGAGACAUACAGCUUACAGCUUUGAAAACUUGAUAUUGCACAGUGAUUAGUUACUACAGAAAAAUACAAUAUAAUAUAACAGGUACUGUUCUGCACACAUAGGCAGUUUGGGAAUUGUUCAGGAUAAAAAUACAAUACUGCAUAUGCAGGAAAUUUGGGAAUUCUUCAGUUUUGUUGCCUAUUGCCAUGUUGAUAAAAUUCCAUAUAUACUGUUGGAGUUGGGGUUUUUUAAAAGCAGCAGACAGUGUUAGAAAUGCUCCUACUUUGAUUCCCACUCUCCAUUGCUGCUUAUUUUCAAUUUUGGAAUUGUUAAUCCCAGCCAAAUUACUUUGAAGGGCAGAGGUACAUGUUGUAAGAUAAAUGGUUGUUGCCCAAAAUGUUGAGCUUUAUCCUUCCCACCCUGUAACAUUUAGCCAUAUACUUAGUGCUGUCAACAGAGUUAGCAUUGUCCCAUUAUUGCUUCUCACCAUUACUGCCCUCUCAUCCAUAUUCAUCUGGCUCAUAGAAUGCAGAUGGACAAAUAAGCAGCUGCAGACCCCAGUCCCCAUCAUUUCUCCAAGUGAAGUGGCUGUCACUAGUGAGGAAGGGUUCUGGUUCUGUGAGAGGCUUCCACCCCAUAGAUAUAAAAGGAUCAACUUGCCUGAUUUCUGCCCCUCCCUUCAAAAGACAGCGUAAGCUUUCUGCAUACCUAUGUGAUAUUAUGUAAUGAGAUUCCUCAGUCCACAUCACUGACAGUGUCCAGGAAGUGCAGAAUGCAUUUAUGUCAGGCCACAAUUUUUUACUGUAUGUUAAGAAAGGGCUGAGAACUCUAGGGUAACAUACAAUUCUGCCCUUAGAUAUAAUUACUUAUGGAAAAAGUGUUGAAACCUGUACUACUUUUCUGUAGAAAAGUUGUGCAAGUGGAUAUCUACUCUUGUAAUGGGAUUUCCCCUUCUCCUUACAGCUCCCUGUGCUUCCCUUUCCCCCCAAAUAGACUGGAGCACAUUUUUUGGAGGGGAUUAUGGAACGGGUGUGGGGAAGGAGAGGAAGGGAAAGCCCUGUUGUUUGAGUGGAAGUUUGUUUGGCUGGUGGAUUGGUACCAUUGGAUGUUGCCCAUUAGCUCUUACUCCUAUUAGCUAAAAGUUCCCUGCUUUUUGCUUAAUGGGAGUAAAAAUUGUUUUCUAAAAAACAUUAUUAUAUAGUGUCUGGAUUAAGGGUGGCGAGUUAAGUGAAGUUCCAAAAAACUAAAAUAUAAACAUAUUUCUAGAAAUGCAACCUUCCUAUUCAUACUAUUUGUAACAUGCACGGUAAGUGAAAGCAGAUCAUAGUUGUUCCUUUUUGUGUGGAGUGAAAUCUGUACAAAUUAAAAUACAUCCUCUCAUUUUUAUUACACUUGUAUUGCUGUAGCUCUCUGUCUGUGGCUGUUCAUAUACAACACAUCCUCAUUCUUUAUUUGUACUAUGUUGAAAUCCAGUUAAUGUGUGUAAGUUGCUUUAGAUGACUCAAGUUUAGUUCUGUGUAUUCACUUGACUGCUGAUUAAGUAAAAUUAUUGAGUUUUUGUUUUUUGCAUGGUCAGUAUUUUGAUAGUUGAAGACAAAAAUCAUGCAAAGGCUAUCUUUAAGGCUGUAUUUCUAGAAACACCUAGCUAGAAAUUAAGCUCCGUGGAAAUAAUUUUAUUACCUGAACCUUUCUGCUUGAAAAUCUCCCGUACAUGCAUCACUUUUCUAGAUUACCCCAUGUCUUUAUGUAAUCAUACUGUAUGUAUAAGCAGCAAAUGAAACAUAGAGAAAAUUGUUAUUUCUUUGUUUAUUUAUAUUGUGUAACCAGUGUGCAUGACCUUUCAGAGUAUAUGAGGACAAGUCUACCCAAGAAACUUUGAAUGGAAUUCAGUGCCACUGUAAUACAAUUGUUCUGUCAGCGCAAACAUUUCUACUUGCAUAUGGAACUAUAUUUCCUCCUCUCAUGUGCUAUUCUGGGGGUUUUCACGACCCUUCAGAGCAGGUUUUCUUGAGGGUGGGAAACCCCAUUGUGUUAGUGGAAGUCCUUGCACUGGCUUGUGAAAGUGUAAGCAAGUGUUUUAUCACUUUAUCUACCAACACUUUAUGCCAAAGUCUUCAUGGAAAAAGUGUAAUUUGAAGGAAAGGAGAUAUAACAUCAUACAGAUGUUCUUGGAGGCUGUUGAAGCACAUGGAGCAGCAUGAGAGAGAAAGGGCAACAUGUUUUGAGGCUGCAGGAGACCUUCAGGUGGUAGAAAAUGGUGGAGCUUUAGAAGGAAAGAUCAUGGGUAGGGCUGUUGGGAUAUAAAAAAGAAGAUGUAAUGGGGUGUGAGGGUGGACAAGGCCAUGAAAAAAAGGACAAGGAACUUGUACUGGAUCUAGGGGUGGAGAGGUAACCGACAUAGGAUUUAAGAAGUGUUUUAUCUAUUUAUCUGUUUAUUUAUUAAAUUUAUAUACCAUCUUUUGUCAUGAUCAGAGCAAAUGACAUAGGCAGCAGAGUACUAGAUAGAUGUGAUGAGACUGAGAGACAAUUAAAGUCUAGAGAGGAGAAGAUUGCAGCAAACUAGGUCAGGACUAGUCUACUUCGUUUUUGCAGAAGGAAAGGAUUAUAGUUUUUCAGUGUUGCAAGGGGAAAAGCUAUGGUUUGAAUAUGAGGAACAUAGAUGAUCUAGGCAUCAAAAUGUGACUGGAUGGUAAUAAUGCCAGUGAGAAAGGAAGGGCUAGAAGAAGUAGGGCUUUGGGGAAAAUAGGUUUGGUCUUUAAACAUAAACAGUUUGAGGCUAUAACAAAGCAUUCAAUGAGAAAUAUCAAAGAGGCAGUUGGAGAUAUGGGAUUGGAGUGGGGAGGGACAGCUUGCUGGUGGGAGAGAGAGUUGGGUGUCGUCUGCAUAUAAAUAGGACUGAUAGCCAUAGAAAUUGAUGAGAUUACCAAAGGACUAUAGAGCCAGCAUUGGGAACUUUGGCCCAAUGUAUCUCUCCAGGCUCCUUUCUGGCCGUCAGGACUUUGCCUAUGCUGGAUGCCCCCACCCUAGCCCUGCUGCUCAUUUUCUUUGAGUGUUUUUGCCCGGCUGGAAUGUGUUCUACAACUGUGAUCAUGUCUCUUGCUUGCCAAAUGGAGAGAUGCAUGUGUGUUUGUGUGUGUGUGAAACCUCUGAUUUUGUUUGGCUGGAAUAUAGCCUAUUGUAACAGUUUGUUGUUCUUUGGCUUUGGACCCACCACUGGCAUGCAGCUUCUGGAAGGCCUGUCGUGAUGGAAUUUGGCCUUGAGCUUGAGAAUGAAUAGCAGGGGGCUAAGAACAGAUCACGGAGAGACCCCAACAGAGGGAGAGAAAGGAUCUUUUAUUGAAAGUAGGACUCCAGUAAAACCCAGAACUGGAGCACUAAUAUGUCACUCUCCACUUAGAGGAUAUGGUGUGAACUACAAUUCGUGUUCCUGAGAUAUUUCUCAGGGGGGAAAAGCUGGUGUGAACAGACUUUUUGAAUAGUAUAUUUUAAAAUACACCCAAUAUUUUAAACACUUAAAAAAAACCCAAAAACAUUUUAUAUGCCCUUUGACAUGUCUGAAGUAUCCUACUCUGAGUAUUAAAUAUAUUUAAAAAUGCAUGGCCAAUGGAAAUUCUUCGGACAUGUCAAAAGGCAUGAAUACUGACCAUGUGAGAAGUUUCAUUAUUUGUUCCUGAAAAACUCUUGUCUCUUGCUAUAGUUAGUUGGGUAAUCAGUUGUCUGUCUUAGGUGUAUGUCUCGGUUUUGCAAGUACAUUAUUUUCUGUAUUGCAGUUAAUUUUUUUAAAAAUUAUUGUUUCAUUUUAUAAUGUAUAAAAAACAGAACAAUUAUAGCAGCAGACAAAAAUUAAAAGAUGAAAAACAAAACUAUAAAAUUGCACAUGAGUUAAAAUAACAAAGUCCAAGGAAAGACUAUCAACUUUAUCAUAUCAUUAAGUAUAGUUUUAGAGUUGCCAGGCUUGUGAUGAGUGUAUGUGUGUGUGUUCCCAUGAGUGAUGAUACCAGUACCUGUUGAAUGGAGAAAAAUAUAGUUAAUAUAGAUUGUUAAUAUAGUUUAGGUAGUUCUUUUUCAUAAUUGUGCUGAGAUUGCCUUAAAAGUGUGUUUGAAGUGAUGUUCUCCGUCUGGCUGAUUUUCCCUGCUCCCCCCACCCCCAUGAAAUGCCAUUUCCUCUUUCGAACAAUAUCUGCAUUUAAAGAAGAAGAUGAAGACUUAGGGGUGUGUGAAUACCCCUAAGCAUAAGUCUUUUUUGUAAUAAGCCCCAAAACAAAAAUGCUACUUUGGGGUUUUUUUCAGUAAGCAACGGUUGUAGAUUGAUACUGUACACAUCCCAUAUGUUUAAACCCAGUUAUGUUCUUAGUAAGGCACAGUUACCCUAUAACAAAUGCUUAAAAUAUUCAAUGUUACUGAAUAAAUUCUGUCAAAUACACCUGCUUUCUCAGAAGCUUUAAAAUAUUCUAAUUCUGGAGAGAAUGAGCAUGAUGCAGUAUGCUCAAGACAAAAUGCUCUUGGUUUUAUAUUUUUAAUGUUUGGUUCUGAAAGUGUCCUAUGUCCAGAGACGUCAGUGGAAGCUUAAGGGUUUACGUGUAUCCAGUAGAUUUUCACAUGCAUAUGAAGGAGGCUUCCUAAACCUGAACGAAGAUGAAAUGUAUACAAACUACCUGCUUAGUUUAAUACUUCCAUGUUUUCUCUGUCAGAUCUCUCAGUUAAAGCUAGUGUUCCUUGGUACAGUAGUUGGAAAGACACACUGAUGGGACUGAACACAUCCACGUUUUAUUCAGGUAUUUUGUGUGACUGGUGUGGGUUUCCUAAAUAGUCCUUUCUAUUCCUUUGUUAUGCAACCCAUCCAUCUUUUCUUACCACCCUACUACACUUUUCUUAGAAUAGAUUUCAUUCCUAGAAAUAAAUAUUGGUGUUGGCUGCUGAGAUCUUAUCUUUUCUUUUAAAUCCAAUUGUGAUUAUUCCAUAGAUCAAAAUGAAGAGAAAAUCAUUCUCUAUUGACUUGAUUGAGCAUGCUGAAUUUUAAAUUGCUUAACUUUCCAGAAAUGCUUGCCUCCUUUUCCUUUUUUAAACAAUAACUUUUUUGUUAUGGAAAUAAUAGUAGUGUUCAGAUGAGUUGUAAGCUGCUGUUCACUACCCACCAUAUUUUUCUUAGCUGGCUUGUUGUUGUUAAUCAUAUUUUGUUUUAGGGUCUUGUAGUUUAUAGCUUAACAAAUGUAUAGUUACUCAUUUGUUGUAUGGAAUUUGGAUGUCUUUCACUACAACAGCAUUCCUGUUUGUGACAUAUUGCAUUUGCCCAGCACAUUAUUCCUGGGAAAAGUUAGUUCUUUUCAUUGUUAACAAGGCUGUUAUGAUUAAUCUUGAAUGUGAUUGUGUGAUAAACAGAAACUUAAUUGACAGUGCUCGAGACAUCAGUGGUUACUCUUUUCUCCCUUGUCAAAUCACUUGGGCUGCAAAAAGGGACUUGCAUGGAAGGAAGCAUUGGUACUGAAACUAAGGGAGAAGUCUGCUGGUUUCCUCUUCCCUAAAUUGAUUAUGUGUUUGGCAAUUCCACUCUUUUCUAAGUAUGUCUCAGAUGGAGGAAGCAGGCACUAGGAAUUUGAGUUCAUUUUAGACUUUGGUUAGAUCCAGAAUGUGCAGAGGAUUUUUCUCUUUUUUAUAUUUCUUGCUAUUAGGUCUUCUUUAAUAGUGAGAAUCUCAGUGAUAAAAAUGAAUAUCCUCCCAAAAAUGUUAUUUCUGUUCCAAACGAUCUCAGUACUUAAUGAUGUACACUGUCUAAAAGAAUGGCAAAAAUACCUAUCUAAAUUUAUAUGGAGGAAGAAACCCAGGAUAAAAUAUAAUAUUCCUAUUGAUAUAAAAGAUAGAGGGGGUUUCUCACUCUCAGACUUAGAGUUGUAUUUUGAAGUGGCCUGCCUAUUUUGGAUAAAAGAUUGGGUGCUGCUGGAAAACACACAGUUGUUAGAUUUAGAGGGACCUGACAUCAGACAUGGUUGGCAUUCAUGUACCGUAUUUUUCGCUCUAUAAGACACACCAGACCACAAGACGCACCUAGUUUUUGGAGGAGGAAAACAAGAAAAAAAAAUAUUCUGAAUUUCAGAAGCCAGAACAGCAAGAGGGAUCGCUGCGCAGUGAAAGCAGCAAUCCCUCUUGCUGUUCUGGCUUCUGUGAUAGCUGCGCAGCCUGCAUUCGCUCCAUAAGACGCACACACAUUUCCCCUUACUUUUUUUGAGGGAAAAAGUGAGUCUUAUAGAGCAAAAAAUACGGUAUUUGGUACGGCAAAGCUGGAAUACACAAAAGUUUCUCUAACCAUGUUAUUAGGAAAAAUUUAAUUAGAGUAUGGGGAAAAAUAUGAAACCUUAUUGGAAAACAAAACACCAAGGUGAUUUUCCCCGAUAGAAGCAGAGACAAGGAAAAAAAUUAACAUGGGGGUUAAGUGGGGUACCUACAAUGAGUUGUUAGAUUUCUCAGAAGGAGAACUAAAAAUGGAAAAAAAAUAGAAGAGAUUAAAGAAUUUAUGUGUUGAAUUGGCUAAAUUAUUAUCAAAUUAACUCCAAAUUUAAGGCAGACAAAAAAGUGGGAUUCACAGAACAACCAUCACAAUUUGAAAAAGAAAUACAGUGGUGCCUCGCAAGACGAAAUUAAUCUGUUCCGCGAGUGUCUUUGUCUAGCGGUUUUUUCGUCUUGCGAAGCAACCCUAUUAGCGGCUUAACGGAUUAGCGCUAUUAGCGGUUUAGCGGCUAUUAAAGGCUUAUCGGCUUAUCGGCUUAGCUGCUAAAAGGCUAUUAAAGGCUUAGCGGCUUAGAUAAAGGGGGGGAAAGCGGAAAACAAAUCUCAAGACUCGCAAGACAUUUUCGUCUUGCGAAGCAAGCCCAUAGGGAAAUUCGUCCUGCGAAGCAACUCAAAAACGGAAAACCCUUUCGUCUAGCGGGUUUUCCGUCUUGCGAGGCAUUCGUCUUGCGGGGCACCACUGUACAAAGAUCUAACCUAUCUAAAAUAUAUAAAAUAUUACUUGAGUGGGAAACGAAAGAAGAAUUAGUUAAAUCAUCCAUGAUCAGUUGGCACAAGACGUGGAUCACAAUAUUGAUUUAAAUCUAUGUGAGCAAUUGUGGAAAAUAAAUUUAAAAUUUACUGCAUGUUACGUGCUAAAAGAGAUCUAUUUAAAAAUGAUCCACAGGUGGUAUCUGACGCCAAGCAGACUAGCCAAAAUAUUUAGAUCUAAAAGUGACAAAUGUUGGAAAUGCCAAGAUACAGUUGGUACAUUCUAUCAUUAAUAAUAAUAACAAUAAUAAUAAUAAUUUAUUAUUUAUACCCCACCUGUCUGGCUGGGCUUCCCCAGCCACUCUGCGCGGCUUCCAAAAAAUAUUAAAAUACUGUAAUACAUCAAACAUUAAAAGCUUCCCUAAACAGGUGAUUGUGGAGGAGAACAAAAUAAUUUUGGGACAAUAGUGUAUAAUGAACUUAAGAAAAUGUUUAAAAGAAUGUUUACCAAAAAUCCAGAGGCUUUUCUUCUGGGAAUAGUAACAACAGACCCCUCCCCCCCUGAAUUACCCUAUGGAUGUGUGUGACUACAGCUGCUUGAAUUCUAUUUGCACAAAAAUGGAAAACAGAUACACAACCAUCAAGAGAAAAAUGACAUCUCAAAAUGUUUGAAUACUUAGAAAUAGCCAGUAUGACAGAUAGAUUAAGAAAUAAAGAUGCUAAGAGAUUGAAAGAGGAUUGGAUAUUAUAUCGGGAUUAUAUGGAAAAAUAUAACAAGAAAAUAAACAUAACGGAUUGAAAAAAACACUCAGCAGUAGAUGUUAUAAUGUGAGAUUAUGUAAGGCAGUGGUGUCCAAACUUUUCAAAGAGGGCCAGAUUUUUUUUUAGGAUUGAAGUUGUUGGGCUUUUUGUUGAGUUUGUUUUUUUAGGAUUUUACCCCAGGAAAUAAACUGCCACAGGGGCCGGAUUAAACCGACUGGUGGGCUGGAUUAGGCCCCUGAAACGGACUUUGGGCAUGCCUGGUGUAAAGUAAUGAAAAUAAUUUAGUAGAGUAAGAAAACACAGUUAAAAGCAUAGUAGAUAGGAAACCGUGGAAAGAGUGGAAGGGAAGUUUAACUCAAGAUAUAUGUGAUUUAAAGAAUCUUGGAAAAAUGUAGCUAUGUUAUUAUUACUAUCAUAUGUUUAUGACCUAUAUCCAUGGUAUUUAUUUAUUUAUUUUUAUGUAUGACUGUAACAUAGUAUGUGUUGACGACGAGAUAUAACAGAAAAACAAAUUAAAAAACACAAAAACUUGCUUUUAACUUACUUUGAUCAAUAUUUUAACAAGCAUUCUUUAUUCUACAUAAACUGCUUAUAAGUUAUAGAUGAUUGUGGUAUAUAAAUAUAAUAAAUAUAUAAGUAAAAUAUAUUCAAAUUUUGAGAUUAGAAACCGCUACAAUACCUUUUCUUGAAUGAGGAGCAGUAUGAUGCUUUAGUGAUUAACAAUAUUACUUUUGAAAGUCAUAGGAGGACUUCUUUUUCUGAUAUUUUGUGUCUUGGAUAUAAGAAGUGAUGAUGGUUAUGCUGAAUGGUACAAAAGUGGUGUUUACGUUCCAGAAUUAAAAUAUUAAAAUACUGGGUUAUGCUUUAACAAAUGAAUUGGGCCUUUACUUGAAUGUGAGGUGCCUGUGAUCUUCUAAUGGUAUUUGUAAGAAAGCAAUGCAUUUACAGUCUUAAAAAAAAAGAAAAAAAGAUGACAUCUAUACAAUGGGUCUACUAUAAGGGAAUAGUAGUCUUGGUUACUAUAUUUGUGGUGGUAAGAAAUCCUGAAAUGUGCUCAUUUAACCACAACCAUGACAACAAAACAAAUUCCUCUUCUAUGUUUUUCAAAUUUAGAAUUAUACUAUACCUAUAACCAUUUUCAUUAUGGUGAACAUGUGAUUUUAGUAACAUUGAAUGUACAUGACCAGUUGUGACCCUGCCAAACCCAUACCUAGCAUCUGGGAAAAACAGCCUUGCGGGCCUAAUGAGUUCUGCAGCCUGGAGGUUCCCUUUGCCAGUGUUAGAUCAAUGUAUGUUAGCUAUAUUGCUUCUUGUUUAAUAUAUUUUGAUCUCUGAAUAAUCUCAGCAUUAGAUCAUGUUUCUUAAGUGGAGCUUACUUGUAAUUUUGAAUUGCAAAAAAUGAUAUAACUGAUUUUAGAAUCUUAACAAAAUGUAGGCUGCAAUCAUAUAUACACUUGCAUUGUAAUGCAAUUCACCAAUCCAUUUUACAUUUUAUUAUUCUGUUCUUAAAAAAAUAUCAGUGAAUCUUGUAUUGGGGCCCUGCUGUUACCUCUCCUCCCUAAUUCUCUCCUUCCCUUUUUUCUCCCCAGCCAUUUCCUCAACUCCUUUGUAUGUUACAAUGUCUCGCUUAGUCUUAGUUGUUUCUGUUUAUUUGAAAACUGAAUAAAAAUUAUGUAUACACGCACUUAAGACUACAAACAUCAGACUACAUCUCAUUGAACUCAGUGGAGCUGACGUCUGAGUAACUUACAGAUAGGGUUGCCAUAUUUCAAAAAGUAAAACCCAGGACACCCCAAAAUUGUGUUUCUUUUUUAGCGUGAAUUCUGUUUUCGUUCAAAUAAAUGAAAAAUUCCCAAAACUAUACUACUGAUAAGCUGUAGUUGUACAGGCAUGGCAGUAUGAAUCAAAUUGUAUGGGAGUAGCAGAGGGGCGAAAUCUUUCUGAUGUUGCAGUACAGCCAUGGGAUAUAUUGUGAACCAUAUGAAUGAAAUCUUCAUUAGCUUCCCUUUCUUUAUGAAUUGCAAUCUUGAAAAUAGUUUCUUCUAAUCUUUGUCCAAAUCAUACUGCAGAAGUGCUCAAUAACUAAUUAGUACUACUGUUAAGCUUGAUAACUUUUUCCAAGACCUCUCCUGCUGGCAGUUAAGUUGUCUACUUUUUUUUUUUUACAGCAGAGUAGCUUGUCUCUUCAUUUUAAAUGUUUCUGUGAUAUCUUUUUAAUUUAUUUCAGCUACCACUCCAUGGUUUGAGGCUUAUCGAGAAAGCUUUCUUCAGUCUAUGCCAUCAUCAGACCAUGAAUUCCUAAACCACUAUGUAGCCUGUAUCCUUUGGAACAGAAAGAUAAAUGUAUGUUGUAUAUAAGAUGCUUCUGUCCUACAUCUGCUAGUAAAGAAGCUUGUUAAAAAAGCGGGAAACUGCAAUAAAACAAUUCUGUUUUCCAAAAUCUUUAUCGGAAUUAAUUGGGAGUAUAUGGUGCUCAAGGUCAUUUUGUUUGUGUUUGAAUUGUUUGAUAUUGAAUUGCUAAUAAUUGCAGCAAAAACCUGCAUUAUUCAGAACCUUAAAUUACUCAAUUUUUAUGUGUUCUUGCUUGUACAGAACCCCUUUGCACCUCCCUUUGAACGAGCCACAAUUACACCAGGAAGCCCUUAAUUAACUAUGGUUUCACAUUUUAUCUGAAAUGGUAAACUCUGGUUUUCAGCUUUGGAACAAGCCAGGAUAUUAAUUCUUGGUUUGAACUUUGUUCCGAUGCUGGUAAACAUAAUUGGAGGCUUCCUGGUUUAAUCACAGCUUGCAAUAUGAGGAUUGUGGCUGGGUGAGGAUUCUUGGGUACAGACCAGCUUUUAGUACUUUAUCAAAGAAUAAUCUUGCAGUCAUUUAGCUAAUGGUAGCAUAGCAAACAGACUGCAAUGAGCCCAUCAUUUAUACAACAUUAUUUUUAUACAGUAUUUUAUCUUCAGUUAGCUGCCACCUGUCUUGCUAAAGGUGGAUGAUGAUGAUGAUGAUGAUGAUGAUGAUGAUUUAUCACAAGUGACUUACUUGUAACUUUUCUUUAGAUGUAAUUUAGGCACAGGUUUAAAAGAAGCACUGAAGUUGUUACUGGAACAAUACCCAAGCAUUAACUAGUUCUUGGUUAACUUGUGAACUUGUGGUUCAUCCUUAAUGUCAACUAAGGUAUGCUCGUGGUGUCAUCUAGUGAACCUGAACCUGUGGAACAGUUUUUAAAGCUUUCACAAGAGCAGCAUCAGAUUCAACAUAGUAAUGAAUACUCUUAUCCAAAAUGGUUCAUUCCAAACACCCUCAAAUACUACGUGUUGUUGCAUGAUGUGAGUUUAGGAGAGGAACAAAGGUGAGUAGGGUUGUCUAAGUGGCUUCUCUGACACUUUAUAAGAUUUCUGAAAUGCUGAUUUUAAACUUGCUAAUGUCUAUGUAGUUUAAGAUAAUUCCAUGAUCCUCAGUUCUUGGACAUACAGGUGUAAUUCCUUCUUGUGUACAAAAACUAUGUGUCUAAUAUAACUUGCUGUAACAAGUAUAAAUCCUGUAGGACUAUGCCGCUAUAAAUAACCCAAAAGAGAGAGCUGUAUUCUUUUAAAGUAAGUAGGUGAAAUUAGAUAUUUUGGUCAUGGAGGAUUCCUAGAUAAAGUGUGAUUCCUCGGGCUCAUGUUAAGGAAAUUCUUUUAGGAUUUUGUGUUCUAAGUCAUACAUGUUUUUUCCUUUAGAAUAAAGAAUGGUGCUUUUUCAAAAUAAUUCAUGAGCUCUUCCAUGAAGCAGUCAGGAAAUGCAAGUGCUUGAUAUUGCAAAACACUCUAAAAGUUUGUUAUUUAGUACUUUCUGCUAACAUUGUGUACAACUGGGAUGUGUGCAUUUUUAAAAUAGGAAAUUGGACUUUUCAAAUGGUUGUCGGCAGUUAAUCACUAGGACCAGAAUUGGCCCGUAACAAUAUAAAACAUAAACUGGUGAAAUAUUAUUAUUUUUUUGCACGCACAUACACCCACCCACCCACCCACCCAUGCUGAAUACUCUUCUGCUUGUUCAGAUUUCUCCUGAUGGACUUUAUUAUAAUUCUGUUUGCCAUUGUUUUCAGCCCUUGCCUGUGUUAAAUUGGAAUUAAUAUGGCUGCAUUGACUUGUGAAGAAUCUUCCUUGUCAGCAGUUGCUUAUUUCUGUAUCCUCAGCUCUUUAAAUCUCUGGUCACUUCAACAGUGUUUCUGUUUUUUCGCAAUUUUUUCUCAUUCAAUCCUUAAUCUUUUUUCAAAUAGUCUUCUAAGUUGGGGAUGGAUAUUUCCUGAUGGAUCACUAGUUUUUCCUGACUGCUGGGAUUCUUGUCAAGAAUGCUUCAUAUAAAUUGUUCUGUGCAACACUGAUUGCUGCUCUUUUCAGUUUCUGUAGUUAUGAAGAGAAAUGUUUCCUUCCUGAAACUUUGCACGUUGAGCUGAAGCAAAGUUGUUCAUUCAGUAUACACUAGUUUGCAUUCACAUGCCACAGUAAGCCAUAAACCAUGCACUUAACAUGCAUGGAUACUGUGAGGAAAGAAAUCACAACCCCAGGCUAAGUUUUACACCUUGAUUGUUUCACUCCAAACUACAGUUGAACAAACUGGCCAAGUGUAAUGCUGAGCUAGGAAUUGUAGUUUGUUUCUUCCCAGUACAAGUGAGGAGGAGUGGAUGCAGUUUGCUUGUGCCUGGUAAACUAUGGUCUAUGGCUUAUGGCUACGUGAACAUGCCAGGAAUAAAGGUGAAGUUGGAUUACCCGUCAGAAAGGAUGAUGUUUGAAAAUAUUGUGCAAUACUUUACAAUCUUUAGGGCUGAUUCAAUUUAUGAAGAAAUGAAACAGAGAUAUGGGACUCAGGGGUGCUAUUUACUUAAGAUAAAUUCUCGUGGGUCUAAUCGAGGAGCAGACGAACAGAUUCCUGAUCCCUGGAGCCAAUAUCUUCAGAAAAACACUAUCCAAACCCAGGUAUAAUUUUUUACUUAAAACUUUUUCUGUACUAUACUGAAGGGUCGCUUCACUCCUUUUGCUGUAUGUGAGUCUGUUUAUUUCCUUUAAUAAAUUAUUUUGUCACAGUUUUUAAAUGUCUGAUUGAGAAAGCAGAUCCACAUACCAGUUGAAGUCUAAAGUUUCAGCUUCUUUUUUUCUUUCUUGGCAUUAUUUUAUAAUAUGAUUGAUUGCUGGCUGGUACCUUCCAACACAGCUAGCCCAGGACAAUUUGCUGCCUGAGGUGAGUGGAAAAGUGAAAGGCACUUCCCCUUUCAACAUACAUAAGCUGACUAAACUAGCAGUUCACCUCAUCACUGGUGAUGAAAAUUCAAUGUCCCCUUCUGCCUCUGAAGACUGCAGCUUAACUUAGAGAGUGCAGGGCAGACUCUGCAGUAGUAUCCAAGCAACAUUCUGUUGGAAAGAAAUUAGUGAUUUCUAGAAGUGUAAAAUAUGUUAUAUUUUCAGAAAGUUGAAACUGUUUUUUGUAUGUUUUAUCCUGACAGGAACCUUUUGAAGAUGGCCCAUAUACAGUAAUUUCAAAUAAGAAUUCUGAUCACUUUAUACCACUGGAUGGGUUAGGUAAUGAUUCCAAAGGUAUGUUUCUUUUUAUCGCAACUUAGUUUAAAAAAUAAAAAUAAACCAGUGGUUUAUCAGAAUACUGCAACUGCAGGUCCCAUUUCAAUCAUGCCAGAUCGUGCCCUUAUUUCAUCAUGGUAUAAUAAGGCAGCUACCAUCAAAAUUAUGUAAUAUGAGAAGUUUUUUUUCUUGGGGGAUGCAGGUGUACGCAUGCCCCUAAACAUUUUUUUGAAUCUAAGUUUGGCCUCAUUGAGGGAUAGUAUUUCAAUAUUAGUAGGAAAAUGAGCAUAUCCCUAAACUUUUUUUAGAAAAAAAGCACUGGAUAUGAGCUGCAAAUCCCCACCUCAAAUCUCAGUUCUCCUAUGAGCUCUUUUGAUGGCCACCUACAAACUACUAACUCACUGUCUAAGUCUCCUUUUGAAACAAUACUAGCAGACUUUGCAUAAUUAUUCUAAGGCUUAUUAAGAAUAUAUAUGAAGUGGUUUUGAGUUUUCAUAAAAGUAUCAAGUGCUUAUGUAGGGAUGCUUGUUCCUCCAGGAUUAGCUGAAAAGUAUUUGCUGCAGUAUCAGUGAUAAUUCAAGUAGUAUCUUACUCUUCCUAUAAACUUCACUACAGUGAAGCUGAUUGGUGACUUUCUCCAUCCCCUGAAAUUGAUCUGAUCAGAUCACCUAGUAUGACCCUAGCCUUCCACCAAGGGUUUCCACCUUACAAGUCAGGUGCCAUUAAAAAAUAAAAUAAAAGCUUGUUGGAGUUGUUAAGCAAACAGUAAAAGACUACAAUCAUUGGUAAAAGUCUAGCUCCUUUUGAAGUGUUUCUGAAGCUCACUGUAUUUGUAGAGAUAAGCCUCUGUCUUCCUAAGCUGUGUUCACUAGGCUAUUACAUGGGAAGUUUAUUUGUAGACCUCUCCUAGUUGAAACAUAGCCAGCUUAUAAGAAUGUAUUGCAGAGGUGGAGCAAACAAGCAAAUAUUGUUGUGUUGCAUUACAAAAAUGCAAAGGAACUUCAGAAAUGCAUGCAUUUUAGAAUUAAGCUAAAUAGAAUUAGUGAAUGUCCUGAGAUUUUAGUUACCUCAGGUACUGUAGAUCUCACAAUUUACCACACUCCCUUAAAUACACUCUUUUGCCAAAUGUGUUUCAUUAACACAUAAUAAAUGAUAAAUACCAAAUACAUGACACUUGUUUGCUUCAGUUAUUUUGUAGGGCAAACCAUUCUUUCAUGCUGUUAUAGUAUGCAGGUGGCGCUGUGGUCUAAACCACUGAGCCUCUUGGGAAGGUCGGCAGUUCGAAUCUGCAUGACGGGGUGAGCUCCCUUUGCUCUGUUCCAGCUCCUGCCAACCUGUCAGUUCAAAAGCAUACAAGUCUGAGUGGAUAAAAUAGGUACUGCUGUGGCAGGAAGGUAAACAGUGUUUCCAUGCGCUCUGACACUUGUCACGGUCCUCUGUGCACCAGUAGCAGUUUAGUCUUGCUGGCCAUAUGACCUGGAAAGCUGUCUACUGUAUGGACAAACACUGGCUCCCUCAGCCUGAAAAGUGAGAUGAGUGCCACACCCCAUAGUCACCUUUGACUGGACUUAACCAUCCAGUGGUCCUUUACCUUUACCUACCUUUUACCUUUAAUGCUGUUAUAUAGUUCCUAGUUUAUAUAUCUUUGGUAUCACCAUAGGGUUCUUUGCAGAUGGUGCCAUUUCAGAUUUCUGAUUUUCUUUGAGAGGAGGGGAGCUUAAGAACAUGUGAGUAGGAAUGUGAGGAAGAAAGUAGCAAUGUGACUGCCCUACCUAAAUGGUGGUGGUACUUCUGGAGCAGGCAUAGGCAAACUCGGCCCUCCAGAUGUUUUGGGAUUACAGUUCCCAUCAUCCCUAGCUAACAGGACCAGUGGUCAGGAAUGAUGGGAAUUGUAGUCUCAAAAUAUCUGGAGGGCCGAGUUUGCCUAUGCCUGUUCUGGAGACUAUAAUAAUGUUGGCAAUUGUUGGUCUCUCUAGUUGUUUGAUAAUGCAUAUAUAUGGGUUUAAAAACCACAUUUGUUUAUUAUUAUUUGAUUUGGUGCUUCCCUCAGAGACAUUUCACUGGCUCCCAGCUGAGAGCUGGCUUUAGUCUCUUUCCAGUUGUAAUUCCAAGUUGUCAGAAUUCUAAGUUUAUACUUUAUCCCUUACUUGGAAUCUCCAUGUUACCUUCAGAUGCCAUGAAUAGAAUUUGCAUGUUUCCUUCAAUAUUUUGAGGUCAUGACAGCUCUGACUUCCUGUGAAUCAUAUUAGGUUGGCCAAUGGCUAGGGAGGCUAGUCAAAUGAGAGAUAGUGGCCAGCUAGAUAUACCUUUUCAUUUUCUAUUGUUUUCCUCUUGUAAGUUGGUACAUUAUUUGUUUGCAAACUUUCAUAUUAUGCACUAUAAUUUGGCAUAACCAUUGCAAAAUGUCAUUAAAUAGUAUCCAUGUAGACUGGGAAAAUCUAACAUACACUUAUAUUUUAUUUUGCAUAUUGGUAUAAUUAUUUGAUUAAAAUACUAUUCGUCUAAUUUGGAAUGGAGUAAUAGUAGCUGUAAAAUAUGUUGUAUACCGAGGAUUGACCACUCUGAACUAUAGUAACUUUCAGUACAUUUUAGAAAGGUGGGAUAUCAAUUAACCCAUAAUCACUUGGUUAAAUCUUGCUAAAAUUCCAAUCCCUAGUAUCAGAGCUUAUUUAAAUGGGUAAUUGUUUACAUAUUUUGUUUUUCAGUAGAUGGUUUAUCAAAUAAUUUUAAGAGUCAUCCACUUCAAUUGGAUCACACUAGUGAGAGUGGUUGUUUUGAUGGCACUGAUUAUGUGAAACCAAAUUCAUCCAUGCAUGAAUCAAAGAAGUCAAAUACAUGGACACCUCAUGGCACCUGUUUGACACUCACAGAUCAUGAUAGAAUUCGACAGUUCAUACAGGAAUUUACCUUUAGAGGGCUUUUGCCACAUAUAGAGAAAACGAUCAGGCAACUUAAUGACCAGGUAAGUCAUUCACCCUCUAAGCCUUUUUGCCUAGCUGAUAAAUAAACUCAGCAAGAUAUGCACUUUAAUCUGUUUUAUCUAUAGUAGAUGUAACAGGCAUGUAGUCAACGUCUAUGCUUGCUUACAACAAAGUGGUCUGCCUGUUUUCUGGAGUUAAUGCCCUCCUGAUACUCCCUCCCUCCUUGCUUCAGUUCCAGUCAGGCUGUUGGGGAAAAUAACUGAGUGUUUUCUUCAGAAAAGCCUUGUGUUACUCCUAUUGGUCUGGUGGCUCUGGGUGGUGCUUCUGAUCUGACCAUCAUUUGUCAUUUUUGCUUCUGGCCUCCAGAGGGGAUCAUCUGUCACCCUGAGUUAUUUUUUGUAGGAACCCAAACCCAUCUGACAGAAUGUGAGUCAUUUGCUUUUCCUUCUCCCGUCUCAGGGGACCUGUGUCAGGCUUAGAACUGCUUUUGGAUAAUUUUUUUCCACAUGCAUCAAGGAAUCAGGAAGACUGAGGUUGUCAGAUACUCUAAAAUCACCAUCUUGAGACUCAGAGGUUGAGCCUUGAAGCUAAAUACUUCAAGGACCACCUCUCCCCAUAUGAACUGACCCAGACUCUGCAAUAAUAAUAUUGACACCCUUCUUGGUGUUCCCCCUCCACAAGAGGUCCAGGGUGUGUGUGACAACAUGAGAAACAGCAUUUUCUGCGGUGGCUUGCCAUUUGUGGAAUGCUUUCUCCAUGGUACCAUUUGGGGUUACUUUAAAAAAAUGGAAUUAGUGCCACUGCUGCAGCAGCAGAAAUCUGUCCUGUUUAGACAGAUCCCAGAACUUUAUUGCUAAAUUAGUAAUGAGGGUUGGGGUUUGCAAAUGACACUGCUCCUUGGGACACAUCUGCUUCAGCCUGUUUCCUAAUCUGGUUGUUUCUAGUUUCUUCCAUUAAGACAGUUUGAGGUAGUUGGUAGUGAUCCCGCUGGUAGGUUUUUAAUUUGUGAAUUCGUCUUAAUUUUUUUCUGUAGUAAUAGGGAUUUUUGUAGCAUUGCUGCCCAGUACGCCUUGUCUGAUGAAAAAUUCCUGUGUUUUGCUACAGCAUAGGUGGGGAACCUUUUUUUGUCCAGACAGGCUGGGUCUUUAUCUUCCCGUAACCCAGGAUCCAACUUUGACAGACGGGUGAUCUCACCCACUUGUAAUCCUCUGAUUUCGUAAUGAUGCCAUGUGAUUGAUGGGUGGGAGGAUGGGUGGUCCUGCUUACCUGCCAAGGUUGGCCUGUCUGGGUGUGGUUAGCUAGAGCCUAAGUAUUGGUUGAUGAGUGGAAAGUUCAGGCCUGCUUUCUACAGGGUUUGGGUGUGCCCAUCUGAACCAUACACAGUCGUACUUUAGUUCUCGAACUCCUUGGUACUUGUAUGUUUUGGCUCCUGAAUGCCAAAAACCCCGAAGUAAGUGUUCCGGUUUUCGAACCUUCUUUGGAAACUGAACAUCCAACGCAGCUUCUGCGGCCUCCGAUUGAUUGCAGGAAGCUCCUGCAGCAAAUCGGAAGCCGUGCCUUGGUUUUUGAAUGGUUCCGGGAGUUGAACGGAGUCCCAGAACGGAUUAAGUAGGACAACCAAGGUACCACUGUAAUACUUUUCUGCUUCUUUACCUUGCACAUGGCAUCACAUAUGAUAUGAGUUGUGGGCAGUAGGCAUUGUUUUUGGAAACUGGACUUACAGGGCAAAUGGAAAGGCUUGGCAGGCCAAAUUUUGCCAGGGCUGGAGGUUUUCCAUCACUGUGCUACAGACAUUGAUAACUUCUGAUCAUCUUAGCUUGUCUCUAGGAAUAAAGCUAUAUUUAGAUGAAGGCCUGCUUCAGUAUUAAAAAGUGCAACACUUCAUUUUUUGGGGUGAUCUAUACAGCUCUGAACAUACCUUGCAGCUUUUCAUAACAUUUAAAAACUUCAUAAUAGAGGGUCUAACUCUACAAAACCUGCUUUCUCUUUACAAUUGCCCAUGAAUGGCUUCUAGCACUAGGACCAUGAAACAGUCGCAGUGCAUAGUGCCUUAAAAAUGGCAAACACAGCCUUAUUAGACCUAUCCUUUUCAAUAUUUUAUAUUCAAAGGAAAUUUUUCAUAAAUCUUACCACAUUCAAAGGAAAAAUCACCAUCUUGUUCCUUUGGAGGACAGGUAAGACCCACAUAAAUAAAAAAUGUUUGUGUGUUUAUUUCCUACUAGGGAAAAUGUGUGUUGACUUCUAAAAAACAACAACCUUUGAUUCAGCUCAGAUCUCUGUUUCAAAAAUAACACUUGGUUGUUUCACUAAAGCUUUAUUGCAGUGCAUGUGCAAAAUGGGUUCAGAGUUGUGUUCACAUUUGCAGACUUACCCUUAACCAUAGAGUAGAGCAUGACAUUCAAAGCUUAUUCUAAAGAGUUUCGUUUCCUUAGCAGUAGCUAUGAAAUGUAACAUUUCCUGGUCUCUUGACCCUGAUUAAGAGAUCAGAAGAGCCUCAUGUAGAUUUACGGCUCCCUUCACCCAGUCCCUCCCAUUUCCAGUGCCAGUUCUCUCCACCAUUCCCCUGAAUGACUGAAGCAUGUUGAAGGGUUACAUCAGCACUAGCUUCAAGCAUGGUGAAUGCUAAUCCAGCCUCUCACUCCAUAAUUUCUGGUCAUACUUACAUUGGUAAACCUGAUUCUAUUAUUUAGUCAUCACUUUUAUACCCCACCUUUCCUCCAAGGAGCUCAAUGUGGCCUAUAUGGUUUUCUUUCUCUCCAUUUUAUCCUCACAACAACCCUCUGAGGUAGGUUAGGCUAAGAGACUAACUGACCCAGAGUCAUCCAGUGAACUUCAUUGCUGAGAUCUAACCACUACACCACACUGGCUUUGUUAACCCUGGUGAAGGGUGGUGCAGAUGUAAUAUUUAAGGCUGUCUGAGGAAUAGUGGGAUGAAUUUGCAUGUGAGAGGGAAAGGACUGUGUGAUAGUUACCAUUCUUCUGAUCUUUUAAUUGAACUUGGAGAUUGUGCCCGUACCAACACACAAACAUUAAAAGCUGUUUUCUGAAGACUACAUCAGAAGUGCACUUGAACAUUUCAAUUCUUGAUUUUGCAAGGGAAGCAGUCUUUAAAUUGGUUUAAAAAUCUUUGUAACAUUCUUUGCUCAUAAAAUAAUAAACUAUGUUGCAAUUCUGUGAUACUAUAAGAUUUUCAUUUUAUUUUUCAGUUGAUAUCCAGGAAAGGCCUGAGUCGCUCACUAUUUUCUGCAACCAAAAAAUGGUUUAGUGGCAGCAAAGUUCCAGAGAAAAGUGUAAAUGAGCUAAAAAGCACUUCUGGCUUGUUGUGAGUAGAUCUACUCGCCAUAAAAAUGUCAAGUACUUGAUUUCUAUUAGGUUUUGCCUCGCUGAUUUCCAUAUGUUCCUUGUGAUUUCUCUUGUCAUUGAUUCACACAUUGGCUGUAUUCAGACAAUAAUAGCUCUUCUUAGUAAGCUCAAAUGUGUAUAGACCUUCUGUUAGCACAGAACCAUGUCCCUCUGAGAUUAAACCAGAGGAUAAACUUUACACUGAGAUUAAACUAGGAAGUCUUCAGUAAACCAUAGUUUCUCAUUAUAUCUGAACCAACAAACUAUGAUUACUGGCUUGGAAUAUAUCAGGGUAUUAGACUUGCUUCAAACUGUAGUUUAAGAUCCUGGCUUCUUUAGAAGCUGGUGACAACAAUUUCCAAGUUUGGAUGUAACUAUGCUUAAUCAAAAAUUCCAUAUUUAGAUGCAGCACAUCUAAGAAGAAAGGGGCUACAUGCAUUGACAGAAGGCCUGUGCACAUCUUGGCUUAUUAAACUGAGAUAUGAUCCUUCGCAUCAGGCAAUUAAGUUUGUAUCCUAAUUUGUUCAAAGAUUAAAAACUUGCAUCCACCUUAGGCUUAUAAUUUUUGUUUUUAGUGGUGAUGGUUGUGUGAAGAUUGUCUUAAAAGGUAUUGAUUAACACUGGUAACACCAGUUAAAUACGUGUUCUUAACUACCUCCAUUGCGUGCCUUCUAGAUAUAAAGCAUAACACUUCUGCAUUUUAAUAAGUAGGUGUGGUUCAUCUACAUGCCCUGGGACUGCUGAUUUAACAACUAUUCAUUUUUUAACUUGUACAACUAUUGCAAUUUUUAAAAAAACAACAAAAGUUGACAAGAAUCCUGCUAUUUUAAUCCACAUUGGAAAUCUGUAUUGUAUUUUUGAGCAUGCCUAUAAAAACUCCAUCCUUCAGAUUACUGUUGAAAUUAAAGGUGAUGUUUAACACUUUACAAAAAUUACGCUAUUUGCCUUUAGUCACUGAGUUGGGUCCAAAGUUUUUGCUCUGUGAUUGGAAGGAGCUUCCUGUCACUGGAGGACUUCUUCCAUGGAGUCUCUCAUUUUGUUCAUGGGAUGAAUUCAUCCGCAUCCAUGGAAUCCAUCCAUCCAUUCCAUGUGUUUGGAAACAGCUGCUAGAUACUAACUAGGGAUGGUGGUCACUUUAGUGCCCUUCUUUUGAGCAUUCAGAGGUUGGUAAUUCGGGGAAGCACAACGUUGGAGUAUCUGUACCUUGGUUUAAGUCUUGUGUUAUUAAGAAUGCGGUAUGUUCUGUUUCCCUCAAAUUUUGUUUUUCAUAAUGUCUUACGUUUUUAGGUAUCCUCCAGAAGCGCCAGAGCUUCAGAUCAGGAAAAUGGCAGAUCUGUGUUUCUUGGUGCAACAUUAUGAACUGGCAUACAAUUGCUACCAUACAGCAAAGAAAGACUUUUUAAAUGAUCAAGCAAUGCUUUAUGCAGCAGGAGCACUGGUUAGUUCAUUAAUAUUGAUUGUUUUGGAAUGGUAUACAAUUCCUAAAUAUUAUCCAGAAACUUUGAAAGUUGUUGUCACAAGCAUAAAGGGAUUAUGCAGAUUCCCAGAAGGGAGGUCUAUCAGUCACCAAUAGCCAUGAGUGAUAUAGUGAACCUAGUAGGUAGAGCAAGAGGCUCUUAAUCUCAGCGUUGUGGGUUCAGAUUCCUGCAUUGCAGGGGUGCGGAUUAGAUGACACUCAUGGCCCCUUCCUACUCUACAGUUUAAUGAUUCAAGCGGUAUGCCUUUGAACACCAAUUGUUACAGGCAAAUGGUGGCAGGGGAAUGUUUUCGCCUUCCAUGUCCUGUUUUUGGGCAGGGAAUCUUGUUGGCCACUGGUAUAACUAAAUGGACCUAUUCAAUCUUGUCUAGUAGGGAUUCUCUACACUCAUAUGAAAUCAAUGCUCAUAUUUGCAGAAAGUCAAACAUUUCAGAUCUAUUGCCAGCCAAUUAUAAGACCUAAAUUUAAUAGAUCCAUGACUUUUAAUUUGUUAGUAAUAGCUGAUGUCAGAGUAAGGUAGUGCCUUGAUUCAGUUAUCUUGAAGACCAGAGACAGGUAGUGCUUGAUUCAAUCCCAAGCCAUUUUUUAAAAUCUGGUGAGAACAGUGUUUAUCACUUUUUUCAGGGGUGGGGCAAAGGGGAAUGAGGUUUGGAAAGAACUGGCAAAUUAGAAUUGGAGAGAAUAGGGAGAUUUAUCUGACAUACUGCCUUCCCACACAGAAACAAGAUGAUACUUCAUAUCCUAUGUUUCUAAUUCAAACAGGUUGGGUGGGUAUGUGGAUGAUUUGUAGUGUUGGCAUUUACCCACCUUUGGUCAUGUUGCAUACCAUCUGUGUCAUAGAAUCAUAGAACUGUAGAGUUGGAAGAGACCAGUAGGUUCAUAUAGUCCACACCCCUGCACAUGAAGCAAUCUUUUGCCCAGUGUGGGGCCUAGAAGAAGAAGAAGAAGAAGAAGAAGAAGAAGAAGAAGAAGAAGAAGAAGAAGAAGAAGAAGAAGAAUUUAUUGUACCCUGAAGAAGAAGAAGAAGAAGAAGAAGAAGAAUUUAUUGUACCCUGCCCUGCCCAUCUGGCUGGGUUUCCCCAGCCACUCUGGGCAGCUUCCAACAAAAUAUUAAAAUACAAUAGUCUAUUAAACAUCAAAAGCUUCCCUAAACAGGGCUGCCUUAAGAUGUCUUCUAAAAGUCUGGUAGUUGUUUUUCUCUUUGACAUCUGGUGGGAAGGCGUUCCACAGGGCGGGUGCCACUACCGAGAAGGCCCUCUGCCUGGUUCCCUGUAACUUGGCUUCUCACAGCGAGGGAACCACCAGAAGGCCCUCGGCACUGGCCCUCAGUGUCUGGGCAGAACGAUGGGGGUGGAGAUGCUCCUUCAGGUAUUCUAGGCCGAGGCCGUUUAGGGCUUUAAAGGUCAGCACCAUCACUUUGAAUUGUGCUCGGAAAUGUAGUGGGAGCCAAUGUAGGUCUUUCAAGACCGGUAUUAUGUGGUCUUGGCAGCUGCUCCCAUAACCCUGAGAUUAAGAGUCUAAUGUUCUACCAACUGAGCUAUUUAGUCCUUCUACGGUUUAGAGUAUUUGAUCUGCUGUUGUGAAAGAGAAGCAUAUAACUGUAGCAUGUGACCAGAGUUGGAGGAGGGGGUUGUUGGCAUUUUAGAUGGUGCAAUUAAAAUGAACAAUCAGAGAAGGGAACCAGAAUUUAGGAAGCAGGAUGCAGAUUUCAUAUGGCCCCUUCCAAAUUCCCCACGUUCCCUUCUAUCUUGGUUACAUGUGACUGUUACUAGCCCAGGUUAAAUAAAUCAAAACAAAAAUGACUCAAUUUUAAUCAGUUUUUUCAAAGUGACUUUAAAGGUAAUCUGAGCAUCCUUGUUGAGUAUCCAUCAUUAUUUCCUUGUAGAAUCAUCUUGUAGGUUCUGAGGGUUUGAAGAUUUGUGGGGUUUUUUGUGUGUGAACCAUUUAAACUUUAUACAAGCAUAUGUGAAAACACAAAUCACCCUGCUGCAAAAUGCUGUUGAAUCAUAAUAGUGUGUGUAUGUGAAAUUUACUUAAAUACAGUUUGUUUGUAAUAAAAGCUUUGUAGCAAAAAUAGUAGAUAAUGACCAAUUGUUGUUUUAUAGGAAAUGGCAGCAGUAUCUGCUUUUCUGCAGCCAGGAGCACCUAGACCGUAUCCUGCCCAUUACAUGGAUACUGCAAUUCAAACAUAUAGGGAUAUUUGCAAGUAAGCUUGGCUAUUUAUUUUCAGUUCUUCCUGGUAGAAGAUAGACUGUAGUCUUACUGAAUAUUGUUUUCAUUCCUCAAUGGGUAAUUCAUGAUUACUCUGGGUAAUACCAGUAAUAUAGGGUGCUGGUGGUGGUGGUGUUGUAGUUCAGCUUUUGAAUAAAAUUGCUCUGGUUGACUAGGCACAGUCCAGCUGCAACAAAGUUACUUUUGGUCUACCAGAGGAAAAUCCAAAUACUCUAAAAUUAAUCAUGUAUUUAGUUCUACAAGAACUCAAAAGUUUUAUAAUUAACUUAUCAAAGAAGAAGCCUGGUGAAAUCCUGUGCAGAUGCUCCAUAUAACUUAUAUAUUGCAGUGCUAGUUAGUCCUUCUAGCCCUGAACACAAACAGUGAGACCACUUUUGGUAAAGGAAGGACCGUGGUAAUUCUGUUUAAUUAAAAUGUGCCAUUCAUAUACUAAUCUGUCAAGCGUCACUGAUGAAACAUGCAUUAUAAGAUAUAUGUAACUGGGCUUAAAUUUUAUGUCUUUUAGGAACAUGAUGCUGGCAGAGAGAUGUGUGCUGCUUAGUGCUGAAGUAUUAAAAAGCCAAAGCAAAUAUUCCGAGGCAGCUGCUCUCCUGAUACGUUUAACCAGUGAGGUAAAGAAGAUUUCUAUUAGCUGGUCUUGUGCUUUGAAAUGAGACAGGCUUUCUUUUUCUAAUAACUAAAUUAUAAAAUAGAGCUUUCUAGAUAGAAAGUUGUAAUGGCCCUUGGGGAAAAAAGAUUAUCAUGUCAGAUGUUGAUUCUAACUAUUUGCAUUCCAUUGCAUAAAACUAUUCUGCUGCUUCUCCUCUGCACCUGUUAAUUUAUGGGAAACCCACAGAACUCUUGUUAUGACCACAAAAUAAGGAACCUUUGCCAGCCUGAUGCCCUCAAUAUGUUUUGGACUUCCACUCUGAAACAUCUGGGCAGCACCAGGUUGAUGAAGGCUGGAAUAAACUCUCAUUUUAAACAUUCUGCUAGCCUUUCUUGAAGGAAAGUUGACUGGAGGUUAAAUGUAUAGUUUGCAGUAUGCUGCAAUCUGUGGUUAUGAAGCACACAUGCUUUCAAGUAGGAUAGUAUAACUAUUGAAGAAACUUUAAGCUACAGUUUUGCUCUUCACAUUUUCUUGUGUCUCUUAGAAUCACACUUUUAGAUAGCAGCAGAGUAGUCUUAAAAUGAAGUAUAAAACUUCCAAGAUGCAAUAUAAAGCCCCCCCCCCCCCCCCCGUCUAGUAGACAUGAGAUUAGAAAGACCAAUAGUGAAUACAGUUAUUUCCUGUUGGGGAUCUGUUAAGAUUGUGUGAGGCUACUUUGUAUAGGUAACUGAAUAAGAGGAAUUAUUCCUGUGUCAUUGUAGAAUUGCCCAGAAAUUAUUUUGAAACCAUUUUGAAGUUAUGUGAGAUGUUUCAGUUUUAAGUUAAAAAGGUUACAUAGCUCCUGUUUAGUCUUUCAGAAUUACAACUCAAAGUUAGCUUGUAAUAUUCCAUACUUGUUCCAUGUCUUUUUUGCUUUUUGUUUAAUUGAAAUAUGUUAAAGCUUAUAUUCUUAUUCUUUAAUUUUUCUGUUGAAAAAUGGCAGCAGAGCGCUUGGAUGGGAAUGGUGAGUGUUAGAAAUGUCAGCCUGAGUAGCUGGAGGUUUAGGUAGUGCGUUAAAUCUGUUUUUACUCAUCUGUAUGCCACUGUGUUUUGAUAUUUGGAUAUUGAUUAAAAUACCAGUGUAAGAGAAUUUUUUCAUGUUGAUGAUUGUGUGUGGUUCUGGAUACUAACAUGAACAUCACAGCACUGUUGUGCUCAUUGGAGAACAGUCCUCAUUUGCUGAACUAUUGGUAAAUGAGACUUAGAAGGAACACUACAUUUUUGCAACAAGCUCUGUGGAAGGAAGCUUCUUAAAACGUUUAAGUUUUGAAUCAUUUUUAUAUUGUUUCUACAAGCAUUUUCCAUAGGGUUUAUUCAGCUCCUUUGUUUGAGGCAUCACAAGUACUGAACCAAGGACAAAGGCCAUAAAACUUCCUUUUUAUACCAGCUCACUUUGAUCUUUAAAAAGUCAAGCAGAAACAGUGAAAUAGAAAAUAGUUCACUUUUUGACAUGCAGUACAGAAAACAUGGUUUGUGAUUACUUGAGAAAUAAAUCAUCAAGAGUACUGUUGUAGCUCUUUGCAGUGAAAUUUGGAUGCAACGUAUUCAGUGUUGGCUAGUGAAGAUUUAUAGAAUUGGCAUAUAUUCACUGCAUCAGUAAUACUAUAGAGCCUUGCAUUGUUUCAGACUUCAGAGCCUUCUCUGGUAAUAGGGAAUUUAUAUUUAAGAAUAUGGACAUCACUGUGCUUUCUGGGUAAUUGUAACUUGUCUCUUAUCACUCACUGUUUUUAAUAGGAUUCAGAUCUGCGGAGUGCACUGUUGCUCGAGCAAGCUGCACAUUGUUUUAUAAAUAUGAAAAGUCCUAUGGUUAGAAAAUUUGCCUUUCAUAUGAUACUGGCUGGCCAUAGGUAUAGUAAAGCAGGGCAGGUAAGUUUUCUGUGUUAGGAAAUAAGUACAUAUUCUGUAAUUUUCCAGUUCUCUUGAUAGCGUUUUAGCACCUUUGAAAUACUUUAUCAUUGUUAAAUACUGCUUGAGUUGAGUGGAAAGUUUUAUUCUACAUCUUGAGAGGGGAAACUCAGAAAUGAAAUGUUUCCCAUUCCAUCUACUGAAGAGAACAUAGGUAGUUGUAUCUCAAGUGCUGGCUACCUUGACACAGGUGGGAUUAGCACUCUGUACUGAAUUACCAAGACCAUUCUUAUGCUAGAUAUUGGGGAACCCUUCAGAGCAGAUUAGGAGUGGUACAGGGGAAAGGUAAAUUAUUGGAAAUUGCUUUCCUAGCCAUUCUGCUGAUGCAACCCUUACUAUCAGUUUAGGGACACAGUUGGCUUGUGUUGACCUGCCCUUAUUUUCCCCAGUAUUCAGUAAUCUCAGAAAGCUGUUUAAGGUAAUGGCUUCUUAUAUUGACAUAAAAUAUCCUUUUGAACUUUUUGGGUUUUUACUCUUUAGCUCUAAAUAUAUCAGCAGGUGGAAUUGUAUUUACCGUGCUUCACUUUUUAUCUUUCAGAAGAAGCAUGCUUUACGAUGUUACUGUCAAGCCAUGCAAGUUUAUAAAGGGAAAGGAUGGUCACUUGCAGAAGAUCAUAUAAAUUUCACUAUUGGUCGGCAGUCUUUUACACUUCGGCAGCUUGACAAUGCCGUAUCUGCCUUCAGGCAUAUUUUGAUCAAUGACAGCAAGCAAAGUGCUGCUCAGCAAGGGGCCUUCCUCCGAGAAUAUCUUUAUGUUUAUAGGGUAAGAUGUCAGUUUUUAACCUCAGUGUUCUGCAAAUUGUCUUUUAACUUUUCCCUGCUUGAUCCUAAAAUGUAAGUUAACCUUACCUAAUGACGUACACAGAAAUGCUAUAUUGAAUGCUUACAGCUCAUGUUACUUUAUGUAGGGCCACGUCUGGCUAGCAUCUCACUGAUGCCUGUCAGCUAGCUUCUGCAUUAAGCAGUUUGUUCCAAAAAAGAUGGUCAUUUAGUAUGGACACAAUAUGAUGUUCUAAAUUCUAUCCCACUACUCAAAACUUGUAAAUUGCUAUAAACGCUAGUCCUGGUUCAAAGCACUGCAUGACUAAUUUCAUGUAUUGAAUGGGACUUUGGUGUGUCAAAGAGUUUCUUUUUUUUAGUAAACCUUUUCUUGAAACAGUGGAAAUUUAAAAUGAUAUUGUAUGGGGAAUGGCAGUACAUGUGUCUGUUGGAAUCUGCAUGUGUGUGCACCUUAUUUGCAUCCCCUAAAACAUGUUUAUGUGAGAGGCAGACCUUUUGCAGGUAUCAGUCAUAUGCUGCCCUGGAAAUCUUUGUAAGCAGUUGAACCUCAGAAAUAAACACCAACAUAAAAGCUUCCUUUGAAUCCCCAAGUAAAAUAUUUAUUACAAAGAGAUAAUGAAGAGAUUUUUAAUUGCAAAUUAAUUAAGGUGGUAUAGUUUAUAUAUACAGUUGUGGGUACAUUUAACCCAAUUUCCUAACACAUUCAAAAUCCUAAUCUAAAGAUAUAAGAGUACAUAUCCCAUAAGAUGAAAUAAAAGUGGUGAAGAAGAACAAUUUACUACAAGACUCCCAAGAAAAUGGAGAUUAUGAGCGUUCCUGCAACUUGAUAAAUAUGAGUGCAUGAUGAAGCCAAGGCACAAAGUCAGGGUCAGGAAUGGCUAAUACUAAACCAAUUCAAAGUACAUUAGUACAUUCUGUUGCUUAUGUAAUCCAUAAUGUUGACUUCUUGUAUAUUUAUGUUAAAUGAAAUAUUAGCUGAAAAUAUGAUAAAAGCAUGCUGCUUUUAGCAGCUUUCUUUAAAAUUAUAUUAAAAAAAUUCCUCAGUAAAAGAAAAUAAAUAGACAGUAAAGGAGAUACAUUGGAAGCUGUUGUUUGGAUGGUACCAUUGCAAUUAUAAAAUGACGCACAGGUUCAUAAAUUAUUGUUUAGUUAUUUAUACAUUUUAUACUGGAGGAAUUUCAAGAUAUUAUUUUUUGCACUCCCCUAAAUGCUUCUUGCUUUCUUUAGUUUUGUAUAUUCCAAUUCUCAAUAUCUAAUUUUACUUGCCAAAAGUUGACCAAGCUCUGCUUUUCUUUCUUGCAGAAUGUAAGUCAGCUAUCACCUGAUGGGCCGUUACCACAACUUCCUUUACCUUAUAUUAAUAGUUCUGCAACACGAGUGUUUUUUGGACAUGACAGACGGCCAUCAGAAGGUUAGCACAAAAAAGGGGAUUUGUUCUUAAGCCAUUUGAGUUCAUUAGGAUAGCAUACCUUAACAUAAGGUUGGAUGUGUACAUGCUACAGAAUGAGAUGGUAGACUAGCCUGUACCACUUCAUACUACACCUGGAUAUUAUAUUGCUUUUGUAUAUACCUCUGCAUCAGAAACUUCCUGCAAACAGUAAACUAGCACAUCAGGGAGCAAAGUUGAAGCCCAGCCCUUUUCCUGUUGUGCUGGGGUUUUUUUUCUGUUUUCAGGAAUUUUUAUUUUUAAGUUUAGAUGGGCAUUAAAAUACAUUCUGAAAUGCUGCAACCUACUCUACCAAAUCAGCAUCCUUCUUCCUCAUUUUGUAAACUGCUUUGAGGUUUUUCCUACAAUCAGGUGGUAUAUAAGUUUUAUGAAAUAAAUAAAUAAUUCCUGUUGCUUUUUAAGGCCUAAUUCUGUGCUAUUCAAAUAUAUAGAAAGUGAAUGAUUUCAGCAUUUUCCUUCCUCACCUAAAUGCACUUUAAUAGAUUUAAGAUUAAUGGGAGUUCUUGCUAAUGGACAGAUUCAGAAAAACUGAGCUGCCUUUGGUUGCUGUGAUUGGGAUGCUUUCACAUGUAAGCUGCUUUAACUGUGGUAGCACCAGACAAUAAAUAGUACCUGGGCAUUUUUUCCUUUUGCUGCUAGUUUUUCUGCUGCAGUUCCUAUGCUAAUCAUGCUCAUUCUCCUAAUGUGUUUGAACUAUAAACAGUCAGUCCAAGAGUUAGAACAGUUCUUGCACUAAACACUACAGUCAGGAGUUGCAGUUGUCUUAAAGCUUGGCUCCAUCUGUGUGUCCACACAGCCAUGACCCACCCCAACCCCGUCCUGGUAAGCUUCAGCAACACUGAUGUCAGGAGAGCAGUUUCCAUCUCUGCUGCUUCACACCAGCUGCUACUGGAUUUUAAACCUAUUUUGAGCCUUCUAUGUAUGACUGUAGUUUAGAAUUAGUUCAUAAGUUAGAAAAAAAAGAUUAACGAUUCUGUAGUCAAAAGUUUGGGCUGGCUAGUUCAAUAUGUGAACCUUGGUCCCCUCCCACUGGCUUGUUCAUGUCCCUAUCCACUUAUUGUUCUGGAUUUCAAUCUCACUGUCUCCCCCAGUCCUUUGGAGUUCUUCUCCCAGCAACACAUACCAUCUCUUGAAAAUGCAUGUAUGACACAGGCGUUUUAAGAAAAUUGUAUGGUCUUCCAAUUGAAAGUUGAUUCAUCAUUUGUAAUAAAAACCAGAAAAAGUUUUUUGUUUGGUACUCUCUGGUGUACUGAAGUGAUUGUGAUUUUUUAUUAUUAUUCACAACUAGGCGAAAAACAGGCAGCAACACACAUAAGCCUUGAUCAAGAAUAUGACUCUGAAUUCUCCUAUCAAUGGAAGGAACUUGAAGAGCAAGCUGUGGCUGCAGCUAACAAAGGCACAGCACUUUCUAAUUUCCAGCCAACACAGUAUUGUCUGAAUAAAUAUUCAGAUAACUCUAGGUUUCCACUUGGUGUAGUAGAAGGUAAUAAAUUUGUACACAUUUUUAAAAAUGGCACAUAAAACUAAUAUUAUUUCAGCAAAGUUGCUUAUGGAAUAGGAUUGCAAUGAUAAGCUUUUAAAUUAUGAAUGCCUUGGUUUAUUCUCACAUCUUAUAAGAAUAACCUCCCUAAAUACAUACAUUGACUUUUCUUUUUAAUAGAGCCAAUAACUGUGGAAGUAGCUUUUAGAAAUCCAUUGAAAGUUCCACUUCUGUUAACCGACUUAUCACUGCUUUGGAAAUUUCAACCAAAGGAUUACAAUUCAAAGAAUAAUGGAGAAACAAAGGAAGUAGUAAGUGAUUUAAUCAAGUCCUCUAAGAAGACUUCAUACACUACUAGCAAUAUUUGUAUCUUUCAAAAUCUUUUGUAUUGAAAAGUAAAUCAGUGCACGCUUUCAUAUGUUGAUUUUCAUUCUACUUAGUUUUUAAUCCCCCAGAGAUUUUUCACACCCUCCUCUUAGAGGACAAGGUUUAGAAUCAUGCAUGGCCUCUGCUCUUGGUUUCUGCUCUUGGAACUAAGAGUCCCACCUCAUCAAAGGGAAAUUUACCUUCUAAUUAUUAGAGAGAGAAUGACUAUGGUUGAAAUUACUGAGACUGAGACUCCCCACCAUCUUGCAGUGGAGAAUGGAGGCUUCUACUUUAUAUUAGCUGUAGUUUAUUGUGUCAUCCAAAUCCUAUACCUUAGUGAAAACAAGCCAACAUUAUAAAUUAUGGUUUGAAGUUGGCUUGUUUCCACUAACGAUACAUAAUAUUAGUCAUAGGUUUGGCAACACAGGAAGCUUUGGUUAAUCUAAAAAGAAAGCAAAAGUUUUCAAACAUACGGCUACACCAGAGGAGGAAGCGGGGAGCACAUAAGUACCCCAGAGAGCACCAGGCUCUUUCUCAUAAUGCAGAAUUUGGUUUAACGUUGUGUCCAGUCAAACCCAUUACAUAGGAUACCUGCCCCCCAGCUAUAACUAGGUUUUUGUUUUUGUAAACUAUGAAGCUUGAAAUACAUUAAAAUAUAAUGUUCUUAGAACCACUAUUGGGAACAGUUUGCUACUGAGAAAUAAUGGUGUGCUUAAUUGAACAUUUUUUUCAUAAUUUAUUUUAGGAAACAUCUGGAAAAGAUAUGAUUGGAGCUGAAGUAAUAUCAGAGUUUUUGAUGAACAGUGAAGAAACUAAAAUGGUGGGUACUUAAUUUUCUCCCCCCCCCCCCCAAAGCAAAUAUUUUCCAGGUCCUCACAAAAGGAGUUAGACAUAAAAUGCUUUUAAACAUUCCUUUUGUGAGGCACUUUGUGGGGGAGGGAUUAUUUUUCAGUUUUAAAUAACUCACUAGAAUUUAAUACCUACUUUAAUAGUGCUUACAUUAUUUAAGAUGGUACUUGGCAGUAGAGAAGCAUUGCAGUGGGGAUGUUCUUUUCCAUGUAAGGGGCAUCUGGGCAGCCCUUUAACAAUAUUUGAACAAGUAUUCUGUAGAAUUGUAAAGACACAAGAAAAGCAAUGGCAAAUAGUUUGCCUAUGCUACAACGUUGCAUUUAUUUUCUGAAACACUUCUGUAGAAAUAUGUAAAUUGUAUUAAUCUUGCAGAUGGCUUCUUAGAAUGGUAAAUGUAGAUGCUUGCUUUUGUUUAACUAAAAUGGCGUUUAAAUGUAAAAUAACUACACUAGCAACAACAAAAAUUUAACAUAUCUCCACAGGCAAGACUAAAGCUCUUUCCCCAUCAAACAGGGGAGCUACACAUUCUGGGAGUCGUUUACAAUCUUGGCACCAUUCAGAGUACUUCAGUGCUAGAUGGAGUAGACCCUUCUGUUGUACUGCAAACAGGUAUGCCUGUUGUAUUUUUAUGUCUAACACAGGGUCUAGUAACACAUGGAAUGUGGUCCAUAGGGCUGGUUCCUUCAGUUUUGCCCACUACUAAUGGGAUAUAGGUAUUUCAGUUCAUGAUUUGUUAUCAUGACUAGACCAUAGUCUUAACACCAAAUUUGAUACUUCCCUAGGCCAUAUGAGAGUGAUAAGCUAGAGUUCUGGUUCCCUUGUAAUAUCUAGACCAUAGUGUGGGCUCAUGCACUCCUGUGUACAAGAUGUAGCUCAGAAGCAUCCACUUCCAUUUUCAACUAACUGUGCUUUAUGGCCCAUCCUGGAACUGGUUUUAGCAUUACCGCUGGUUUAUUGAAACAAUUAGAAUUAUUAAUCGCAGUUUCAAAUUGACUUGUUUUCAGUCUAGGUUUAGAAAUAACAAAUCACACUUAUUUGGAAACUCAGCAAGUGCUUCUGAUCUCCUUUUCACCGAUGAAACCGGUGCAGGAAAGGGGAUGGUGGAAUAUACAAUCCCAAGGAUUGUGUGCAUAGUGCUAAACUGGGAUUUAUGUGUUAUUACCAACAUGGCAAUAAAAUACUACCUGUAAAUAUAUGUGUUGACAUCAUGAGGUGGCUCCACAUGAAAGAGAUUUUCUUACUGCUGCAGUGUUGCCUGUUGAACUCCCAUAUUACUUAGUGAAAGAAAAGGUUUUCCAAAUUCCAACUUCACCUUUACCAGAAGUAACAUGAAAAGGAUGCCACCAAGAAAGUCACCAGAAAACAAUGGCUCCAUUGGAUCUGGACUUGUACAAGCAGCAGGGUGCUGUGCAGUGAGAUUAUCCUGCCCCCUCUUCCAGCUGCCAUAAAAAGCUGCUUCUGAGGACUGGCACAGGAUGUUGUGUGGAGGUCUGUAAUAAGGGGAAGGAGGUGUAAAAGCCUUGUUGUGUUAGCCACCACCUGCUUAUACAAGAUGGAAUCCAAGCCAAUCUGUUGAUCAUGUCGUAAAGUUAGGUUUAACAUUAAAACCUCAUCAUUUUAACAGCCAGGCACACAUACCUUUUAUGACAACAAAAUAAUUUCAUUAUCUAUAUUUAUUUUCAUCAUUAAACCUGUUUGGGGAGGGAUGAUGAUGAAGAUGGUUUCUUUCAGUGUCAAAUUCACUUUUAACAAUUGUAAGCUCAACUCAAUGUGAUCUUAAAAACCAGCUCAAAUUUUUAUCAUCUGCUUACUUGUUGUUCCUCAAUAUCCUGUUGGUUUUCUUUUCAGGAAAAUUUAUCUCUAAUGGAAUGUCAGUACGGGGUCGACAAGAUUUAGAAAUACAGGGCCCUCGUUUGAAUAGCACAAAAGAAGAGAAAACAUCUAUUAAAUAUGGACCUGAUCGACGUUUAGAUCCUAUCAUUACAGAGGAAAUGCCUUUGCUAGAGGUACAGCUAAUCAUUGACAACAUUGUCAAAUAUGUAACAGCUGCUUUUGAAAUGCAUAGGUGUUUCUUCCAGUUUUUCCUUUAUUACUCUGUAUCAGAUUAAACUUGUUAAGUUAUAGUGCAUAGAGUUGAAAUUUGAAGCCCUGUUAAAUUUAAUUCAAGUGUAAAAGAGUGUAAAAGAAUGUUAAAGUGGAAAAGAAUGUAAACUGUAAAAGAGCAUGAUGCAUCUUCUUCCCCAGACUUAUUGCACUGAAAUGUGUAUUUUUUCUAAAGCUGGCUGAUAACAGCUUUCUGAGAAAAAGAAAAUCUAUUUUGAUUGCUUGUCACUUUCUAGGUGGUACUCUUCUCAUGUUAAUUUUAGUAAAGGUGAAAAUGGAAUUUGGAAAACCACCUUUAUGUGGGCUUGAUUCUGCAAAAUUUAUUUCUGUUGAUAAAUAUGGACAAAUAAGAUAGUCCUACCAUAAUGAACUUUGUCAGUUUGUCAAAAUGUGUUCCUAUGUUUCUCUUCCAAUGCAGGUCUUCUUUAUAAAUUUUCCUACAGGGCUGCUUUGUGGAGAAAUCCGAAAGACAUAUGUAGAGUUUAUGAAUGUAGGCAAGUGUCCUCUGACUGGAGUGAAAGUUGUCUCUAAACGGCCAGAAUUCUUUACCUUUGGUGGCAGUAGCGCUAUUUUAACACCACUAAGCCCUUCAGCAUCUGAACACUGUAGCGCUUACAAGACUGUUGUUAAGCAUUCUACCUCCCUAUAUUCGCUGACGUCCUCGGCUGAUUCUUCAGACUUUGGGGUUGGAACAGGAUGUCAGCCAGAAGUGAUAGAUGUCCCCCUUCCUGAUUCUGUACUGCUCCCCGGAGCUUCAGUACAGCUUCCCAUGUGGUUACGUGGUCCAGAUGAAGAAGGUGUCCAUGAAAUAAACUUCUUGUUUUACUAUGAAAGUAUUAGAAAACACUCAAAAAUGUGGUAAGCUUAACUAUCUUCCUUACUUCUGAGUUAAGUGGAGUUUUGUUGGGGUGGAUCCAGACAUGUCCUUCCACAAACAGCAGGAUGUGAGCCUGGAAGAUCUUUCUGCAGAGUGUCCUAUUAGCUUAUAACAACAGUUUUAUUAUUGGCUGUAAUGUUGAAUCCCAUUCAAUUGGUUAUAUGCAGACACUUUUGCAUGGGCAGAAACCUAUAUCCUUUUCAUUCAUUUAAUGUGUAAUGCCAGUACUUCCUUUAAAUUACAUGUCUGGGUAGGUUAUAAAAUUUUGGGGUAGAACAGAUUCAAUACUUAAUUAAAUUUGUACCAUUUUUAAUCAAAUGACUGCUUAUAGUCUUCAGAUUCUGGAUGAACCUGAGUAUUGUCAUUGGGUUUAAUUCUAAGCACGCAGAUGAAUGUACUACGUGGAAAACUGGAUUUAUUUAUUAUUUAAAUUUUAAUGCUGCUUUUCCAUAUACAUAUGCUUAAAGUGGCUCACAACAGAACAAAAAUGAAAAUCAAUACAAUGUUGCAGUCAAAAAUGACAAAUCAUUUCAAAACAUAACAUGGCAAUCCACCAAAUAACUGUUUGAUUAUAUUAAUCAUUAGCAUUUUAAAGUUGUCAUAAAGCAAACUCACAAUGAAAACAUAAAAAUCUAUAUAUUUUGAAAUAAAAGAAUUCUAUGCACUUACACGUUUGGACACCUCUUAAAACACCUCAGCUACAUUUGGCAUGAGGCCAUGGAGUAGGUUUUUGUCUAUUUUUGGAUACCAGUGGAUACCAUUUUGUCACAAAAUGGCAGACUACACAGCAGUGUACCACAUAGAAAAACAAUAUACCAUAAAAUAAUAUAAAAUUCAGAAUAAGGGUAAAUCACAAUGAUCAACAGCACACACCGCUGGGAUCACAGUUCAGGGAAGGCCUCUGUGAUUUUUUUAAACAAGUAUUAAGCAAGCACCUGAAGCUAAACGGUUAUUGCUUGCCUACUAUUAGUAGGAAGGGAGUCCAGUAAGGCAGGUGGCAUCAGAUAUGUGGAACUUUUUAGAGUGAAAUGAAACUUGAUGCAAAGCUCCUUUCAGUGGAUAUAUAGAUGCAUCAGAGCGAAUUUCCCCUCAUUUUUAAUGCAAACCAUCUUAAUUGUUAGUGAACAACUUCCUGGUGCUGAAGUGCAUGUGAGGGAAAUACAAAGGUGGUGAAAUGUUACAUAUUUUCUCUUUCCAGUCACAGAGUAUUGAGACAUACUGCCGUUAUUUGUACCAGUCGAUCACUGACUGUACGAGCUACCGUAUAUCGAAGCAAUGCUCUUGAGGAUGAAAAAGGUGAUGGCGACAAUAUGCUAGUGUUUGUGGAUGUGGAAAAUAUCAAUACCGUAAGUCUGCUUAGAACUCGGUCCAACAGUGAUUGUAUUUUUAAACUGAAGCUUGCUGUCCUCAAAGAAAAUGUUGGGAGUGUGUAAGAUAUCCUCAGGUGGGAUAAGAAUGCACACACCCCUGCUUGAAGGCAGGGUCGUAGAACCUUUAAAGGAAGUUGUUGUUCCUUCCCCUGGAGCUUCAGUUUGCUCAGAGCACAUUGCUUAUCUUUGUCUUCUCUAACUUUGACUUUUUAAUAUAUAUUUAUAGAUCUGUGCAUAGUCUCUUAAAACUAAUUUUCAAAAACUAAUUUUACUGGAUUGAAAGUUCAGAACAGGCAUAGGCAAACGCGGCCCUCCAGAUGUUUUGAGACUACAGUUCCCAUCAUCCCUGACCACUGGUCCUGUUAGCUAGGGAUGAUGGGAAUUGUAGUCCCAAACAUCUGUAGGGCCGGAGUUUGCCUACGCCUGGUUCAGAAUAAAGUAAUUUUAGUAUCAUUCCCUGUUCUAUUGAACCUUUGGCGAUGCAGAUGUUUAACUUCUAACAGUAUCUAGGGUAGGGUAAAUUUAAAAAUGUCACUUUGUAGUAUUCAGCUUCAUUAUGCAUAAUUAAAAUAAUUGGCCUGUUCUGAACCUCUUCAGACAUCAUUUUCUCUCUAGGGGUCUAGCUUGGGAGAGAUUGGAGUGUGCUUCUGCCAAAUGGGCCUCCAUAUCUGUACCUCACUUGGUUUGCUAUGGAGGGAAGUGAAUAACCAGAUGUAAGAGAUUCUGUGCCUUUGUUCCUCUGAGAUUAAAAUCUCUAUACAGAGGGUUUAAACUUGCAGUGUUAAGAGAGAUCUCCACAUUCAAAUGAAUGCAGGAUCUUCUGAUUGAGUUGCUUUCUUUCAUCCACAACGAAGGGAGUAGAGGAACAAGCUGACAACCUUAAGGCCCACUUCUAGACUCUCUCCAGGCAUGAACCUGGCCAGGUGGAGAUAAUGUGAUUAAGCAGGGCUUCGUUUAUUUCGUUUUUUCAGUGGACAGAUUAAAAUAGGUGUGGAAAAUGUGAAUGAUGAAAUCUGGAAGAUCUUCAGGUGCCACGACUCACACUCUCUCUUUUUAUAUGUAAACUUUACUUGAGUUACUAACUCUUGCAGUGUAUUAAAUUUUAUUGAGCAAAUGCAGCCAGAGUUGAAUUAGGGACAAUUAGGUAUCCUUAAAGUAUACACCGGCUUAAAGUGCUUCUUGACAGGGCCUUUUAUGGCAAGCAGGCCAUUGAGAUUUGAUUUUUCUGUGUGCAUGUUUGGCAUGUUAGAUUGUGUACAUACAUGUUCCUCACCCCACAAUCAUAGAUUGCUGUCCAGUACUAGUGGGCGAAAUUUGAUGGAAUGUUUCUGGAGGUUUUUUUUGUCCCUACACUGUCCUUUUUCUGUUCUGGAAGCACCAUUUUGUGAAUUGUCCUGAUCUAACCUUUUCAGAAAGAUGCAUGAAUAAAAAUACUAAAUAUUUUGAGUAAUAUCAAGUUAUUGAACAUUUUCUAAUAUAUGACUUAAAUAAAUUUCCAUCUCUUAUCUCUCUUUUUGGUGCUUGCUUAUUAGAGUGAAGCUGGUGUAAAAGAAUUUCACAUAGUACAAGUAUCUAGUAACAGCAAGAACUGGAAAUUACAGGAAUCCAUAAAUCUGUCUGAAGACAAAGGUUUGUGAAUUGCAGAAGUAGAUAUGGUAGUUCAAAUUCUGUUUUGUAUAAAUGUUUAGGCUUGGAGCCUAAGAACUGCAAGUUCAGCUCAUCAAAUGGAACUUUCCUGCUUCCUUUUGACUGCAGCUCACUGCACCCCCAAAAACUGUUCCUGAGGGUCUGUAGGACAUUAUUUAAUGUAGGGGUGGGAGGAAGGGAACAGCAGUUGUGCUUAGGAAGUGGUGGGAAAGUUCUGGACCAGAAAUUGUAACAUGUCACAAGUAAAAGAUUUAGAAGCACAAGAAGAAUUUUUGUUAAGUACUUGAAGAAUAAUAAUAGUAUUACCCUAAAACACACACAGAGAGACACACACACAAGUUUGUGAUUAUGCUGCUGUGUGUAAAAUAUGUGAGCUUAGCAGUUAUGAUGUUAAAGUGUAAACUUAUAUGACAUAAGAAGCAAUCCAUAUUUGGUCAUUCCUUCUAUCAGAUAUUAAGCUGGCUAACAGAGAGAAAGGAAAACUGUGCUUGAAAGCAGUAAGAUGCAAGCAUUCAGUAGGUAAGUAUUCAGUUUUUUGGAGUAUAAUAUUUCUAUAAUUAAAUCUUCAUUCAUUUUUAUGGGCUAACAUUUUUCUCCCUUUUCAUUUGUAGAAAAUUAUACAUUUGCAGAUAUCGUUUUUGGAAGUGAACAGGUAUACAUGUCAUUUUUUUAAUGUGUUUAUACAGUGGUGUAAUAUAACCACAUCAGCAAAGCAUUUAUUCCAAUAAAUGAUCUUGGGUGAUGGAAAAGAAACCUUGCUAAAUCUAAAACACAGAAAAGUCAAUGGUCCAAGUACCCAUGUACUGAAUAAUAAAAGUAAAAAUAAAGUAUUGAUAUGUUUUAUGUAGUUACUCACAAAGCUCAGGAGCUCUAAUGUGCCUAAAGGCAUUUUAAAAACAUGUGAUAAUUACUCAAGUACAAUCACAUUCUCUCUUCCACAUUGUAUAUACAGUUUUAGACAUAAGCAGAAGAUGACCACAAUCAAUGUGCAUGUCUAAAUAUUUCUUGGCCAGAGAACAACUCUGCUGAACUGAACUGCUUUUUAAAAGUGCAGUGUGCGAGUGCACAAUUACAAACAUACAGUAGUACCAUUUGCCUUUUUAAAUGAAAUUAUUGCAGUAAAUCCCCAGACUGUUUUGGAACUGGAGGAACAUGAUGAACCAUUUAGGGUUUCUGUGGAAUUAUAAUUUGAGAGGCAACCUCUGAAGAAUGCACAUCACUCUUGGAUUACAGUUUAUAGUCUGUUUUUUAAACAAAUAUUUUACUGGCUAUUUCUGAAGAACAACACCUCUGUUCCCUUUUUUCAUAGAUAAUCAGUUCAACCAGUCCAUGUGCGGAUUUCUUUUUCCGAAGCUUAUAUUCUGACUUAAAAAGAACUCGAUCACAGCAAAGUGUGCACACAUCACAAGGAACUGCAAAACCAUCUCCUGACAAUGCUGUCAGACUAAUACAGAAGUGCAGUGAGGUGGAUUUGAACAUCAUUGUACUUUGGAAAGUAUGUAUAAAAUAUUUCCACAGAUAAGCAAAUCAGUACAACCUAAGCAUACAAAACAGUAGAGAUGCUGCUUAAUGUUAUUGACUGACACAGACCUAGGAGACCGGGGCCAUUUUAAAACACUUCCUAAAGGAUAGCAUUAUCAGCCCCUGGUGAAUGUGUCUGGAGAUGAAGUUCAACAAUUUGGAGAUGAAGUUCAACUGUUUCCACUAACCGCCCACUUAACUACAUGUUUUUAAAUAUGUCAUUUUAAGGGUUCUUUAUAAAUGUGUUUAAUAACCAAAUAAAAGUAUUGGGAUGGCUAUACUCUGGUAACACUACUCAACAAUAUAAUUUACAAUAGAUCUAUAAUAGGUUAUUAUUUUAACCAUAUUUGUCCAUAUUUGUGUCCAUUCUUAGCUGUUAAUAUUUGGAAAAUUCCUGUUACAACUUACACCUUACAAUUUCAUUUAUGUUGUGAUCUUUUUCAACCUUUUCCUCAAACAGGCAUAUGUGGUGGAGGAUAACAAGCAACUCAUUUUGGAAGGACAGCAUCACGUUGUGCUUCAUACCGUAGGGAAGGAGGCAUUUUCUUUCCCUCAAAAGCAGGUAUCAUGGAAGAAUUACUUUUUUUUGUUUUUAAGAAAAGCAAGGGUUUGUUUUUUUACAUACAAGCUUUAUUGCAGUCCAUAGACCCCAAAAUACACAGUACAACAAUAGUAUAUAUCAACAGUUAUUAAGGUGUAAAAUCGGCCUUGCUAGCAUUUUAAUAGAUGAACUUUGAGAAAUAUUUGGGAGGAGGAAAUCUCCUUGACCAGAUGGAUCUCAGGCAGAAUUCUAUAACAUAGUAUAUAUUAGAAGUUCCAUUAUUAAGAACACAAUGAAUGUGGGAGUACUGAGAUACUGCCAAAUGCUUGGAAUGAAGGUUGGACUAGAGUUCUGCAUGGGGGGGAUGUGAAGAUGGGCUAUUGUAUCAACCUGUUUUCUUGAAGCAUGUCUAAAUAAAAGUUAUUUUGAGUCAAGUGCAAACAUAAUAAUGACUUCCUUCCACCUAUAGAUCAUGACUCAACCUCAGAAAAUGUUUCCUCCCUGGUGCACAUAUUAAUCGCGAUUAAGGCCAGCCAGGAUUUCCCUUAGCAAAAUAUCUUGAACUAACUUUAAUUAGCAUAUUUGUGCAUGGUGGAAUAUAUUAUCUUGCUCUUAUACCUUUGUUUUUUUAGGGUUUUAAAAAAAUACUCGGGAAUUCUGACUGGGAAGACUUGGAACAGGUAUGGGAAUCCAGGGGAAAGAUACAUUUCUAUAGUGCUGUAUGGUCACCAUUUCUGUUAUCUGUUUUAAUAACCUGCUGUUACCUCAUCCUCCCUCCUCACCAAACAAGCUGGGUGUCACCACAAAUAGCUUGAUCUCUGCUUUUGACUUCCUUGCCUUUGAAUAAAUUCUUGGGAGGCUUGACACUCACACUGCUCUUAAAAUUCUAUUCUCCAUGUAGGAAAUUUAUAUAUGCUCUUUUCCCAUCCCCUCCCCAAUUUGUGCAUAAAGUGAUGUAGAGAAUGACCCUACACCAGAUUAAUAAGAAUUGAGUAAAAGUAUUUGGGGUUAGGUUGUUCUUUUGCUUAACUAUAGUGUCAUUUCCCCCCACAAAGCUUAACUAUCGGUAGCCUGUUCAAUUCUUCAAGAGGCAGUGUAACACAGGCGAUAAUCUGUCCCAGUGAGCAGUAGAGGUGCCAUAUUCUCCACUAUCUGCAACUUCCAGGUUAACCUCAAAGGCACAUAAAGUGCCUAUCAGUAAUUUUCUCUGGAGGUUACUAGCACAUGAACAACAGUAGUCAAGCUGUCCCGGUCCAAAAAUGGGUCAUAGAUGUCUUACCAUCCCAAGCUGGUAAAAAGCACUUGUAGCCACUGAAACCACCUGGGCCUUCAUUCACAAGGUGACACUGAAAAGACAAAGUUAUUAGGUGUUUUGAGUCCAGGAAGUAUGAAGAGAGCCCAUAAUGGACACGGUUGCAGUCCUCUGGAAGGAACAAGUUUGGAGCUUGUGGGGUAGUCCUGGAUCCAGUGCCGUCACUUGAGGCCCAGGUGGUCUCAGUGGUGAGGAGUGCCCAUUUCCAGCCCUGCCUGUUUUGCCUGCUGUGGCUCAUUUUGGACAGAGAUAGUUUGGCCAUGGUACUCUAUGCUCUGGUAACUUCCAGAUUGGAUGAUUAUUGCAAUGUAUCCUAUGCAGGGAAGCGCUUGUAGAUAACUUGGAAACUGUGGGUAGGGUUGCCUUUAGAACUCAUCUUGGACUACUGCAAUGCGCUCUAUGUGGGGCUGCCUUUGAAGGUGACCCAGAAACGGCAAUUAAUCCAGAAUGCGGCAGCUAGACUGGUGACUGGGAGUGGCCGCCGGUACCACAUAACACUGGUCCUGAGAGAUCUGCAUUGGCUCCCAGUACGUUUCUGAGCCCAAUUCAAAGUGCUGGUGCUGACCUUUAAAGCUCUAAACAGCCUUGGCCCAGUAUACCUGAAGGAGCAUCUCCACCUUCAUCGUUCAGCCCGGACACUGAGAUCCAGCGCCGAGGGCCUUCUGGCAGUUCCCUCAUUGCGAGAAGUGAGGUUACAGGGAACCAGACAGAGGGCCUUCUCAGUAGUGGCUCCCACCCUGUGGAACGCCCUGCCUUCAGAUGUGAAGGAAAUAAGCAGCUAUCCUAUCUUUAAAAGACAUCUGAAGGCAGCCCUGUUUAGGGAAGUUUUUAAUAUUUAAUGCUGUAUUGUUUUUAACACUCGAUUGGGAGCCGCCCAGAGUGGCUGGGGAAACUCAGCCAGAUGGGCGGGGUAUAAAUAAAUAAAUAAAUAAAUAAAUAAAUAAAUAAAUUAUUAUUAUUAUUAUCAUCAUCUAACCACUUUUCUUAAGCAUACACAUUGCCACUUUGUUUCUGGGUCCAAUUCAAGUUGCUCAUGCUAGUGUUUAAAGCCCUGAAUGACUUAGGCUCCAAAUAACUGAAAGAUUGCCUCCUUCCCUAUGGUUCCUCUUGGGUGUUAAGAUCAGCAGAGGGGGCCCUCUUGGUUGUUCCAUCUCCUGCAGAAGUUUGAUCGUAUUGGACAUUUCUUCUGCAUUUGUUUUAAAGAAAGAAUCAAUGAACAGUUUUUUUCCUCUUACAUGAUUUGAAUAAGAUCUCUUAUGUAUUUCUCAUAUGCGGGAUUGAGUUCUUCUUGAUUUUAUACGACUUUGCGUAUUUAACACUUGUAUUCCAGGAGUCAUCAGAGAUAGGGCUCUUCAAUUUUUUUCGGCCAGAAAACACAUCGGUACCUGCUAGGCCAUCUCUGGAUCAGUUUUCCAGCCUUAUUAAAACUAGUCUUCAUUAUCCAGAAACCUAUAACCACCCAUUUCAUCAAAAAAGGUUUGAAUGCUUCUUUGUUCUAAUUUAAGGAAUUUAGAUAUUGUUGAAUGUGAUGCAGGUAGUCUUCAGUGGAAGAACUAUGCAGUGCAACACUGAACUACAAAGAACAAAAAGAAAUGACCAUUGUAAUAGUUAGCCUUUAAUUUUAAUAGUUAUUUAAAAUUUAAAGGCUAUUUUUCAUCACUGUUAAAUAAUAUCACAAAGGCCUCUUUUGAAGCGGAGUAUUUGGGAGGGAUCUUGAGUAUGGGAAGCUGGUGUAACUCUUUUUUGCUGACAUAAAUUCUGCUGGGUUGCUAGGUCACAUGAUCAAGCUGAAUGGUGUAAGGAUCCACAAUAAGUCGACCCUGCCCCCACCGCUCCCCCAGGAUGCCCAUUUUCAGGACUUAUACUGGUGUAAAUUCUGUUGGUCCUUCUGGCUAAGCUGAAGAUCCACCACAUCCUAACUAACUCAUUGAAUUAGAUCUGGAGUUAGGCUUCCUUCCUUUGCAUUCUCAAAUUUUGAAUAAAUUCAAGAGCUGAAAGAACCAUGGGAGUUUCUCAUGCUAAAGAUCAAUUUUUUUAAUCAAAACUUCAGCCAACAUAAACUAAGAACAACCUCAUUCAGAAUGUUGCCUUCUCUUAUUGUGUUUUAACACCCCAUGUAAGGUGGGGGUGGAGAUAUGGUCAUGUGUCUAGUUCAGCAAAGAAGGGUACAGCAGCCUCUGCUUCAGAGUGCUGCAUUCUCUUUGGUUAAACACUUGUUUCUAGCCUCAUGUUGUCACUUUGCAUUUGAACCCAGAAAGGAGAAUGGAGGCUGUUGCAGAGCAGCUUUAUUAUAAUUUCCCAUCUAGCUGAAGAAUAAUGAUUCCUUUCUUUAUUAAGAACUGUGGAUAAGUCAAAAGUAGCCCCACAUGUUGAUAGGUUGCCUGAGCAUUUUGGCACAAGAGCAUAAUGUGCUAUAGAUAAUUCUGCCAUCAGUGGACAAUCCCUGCUCCAGAGACCUUGUAAUUGAAAGAUGUUUGUGAACAAACACAGGUAACAUAGCUAAGAUGGUGAUUUAUUUUGGAAUUAUAACUGAAGGGUUUGGCCUCUGGCUGAUUUUUCAUUCUUGUUAAUAAAGGUGCAUAUUGUGUUGUGUAGUUGUGUUUUUCAAAGUCAGAAGUAUCAGAACAAAGCUUCUAAUGAGACUUUUCUUUUGUAGCCUUUGUAUAGUACCAGUCACUCUUCUACUUUCAAAUUGCUCUCAGGCCGAUGUUGAUGUGAUCAUUGACUUGCGACAUAAAACAACAAGGUAAUAUUCUAAAGCUAAAUUUUAUAUUAAUGAAGCAAAUCAAAUUUAGAUAUUCACCUCUAGACAACAUAUCUUAAUUAAAAGGGAAACCUCCUCUCUGUGUAUGAACCACUUACUUCAAUCUAAAGGUUUAUUGAAGGCAGUGGAAAGGUUACAAAUGAUGAAGGAGAAAUGUUAUCUAAAAUUUCAGCUCAACAGUUUCAAAUCUCUACUCACUUGCAAAGCUUCCUGGGUGAUAUUGUUGCAAGCAGUAUCUUUCAGCCAGUAUCUCUCAUCACAAACUUUGGAUAAAAAGAGUUGGGAAUCAUGUUUGCAGCCCAGACCUUGGGGGGGGGGGGCGGAUAACAGUGUAAUAAAUUAGUAAGUAACUAAGUACUUCGCAUGUUUUUCCAAUUUAUAAUUUUGUGUUAUGUAGGAGUGGUUCAGAGGAUUCCUUGUUAGAUCCUACUCUGAAAUAUUAUUGUGAGGAAAGUCAAUCCAGUUUGUUGACUCUGACAUUCAUAAUCUGUUGGGGGAGAUGUGUCUGGUUUUACUCCUCAUAUUAUUUCCUUUGGUUCUCUAACAUGCAGACACAUGCACACACACAGUGACAUCAGUACAGUUCCAGAAUAUGUUUCCACAUAUUGGACACUGUUGAUGUUUCACUUAGCAAUUAUAAAUGUUGCAAAAUUCAACCACAAAACUGGGAAAGCAACACUGGCAGGAAAAGGGGAGGAGGGAACUCGCAAGUGUUUAAAAUGAGAUUUAUUCCAAGCCCAACACAUAUUAGAAUAAAUCUUUGCUUGGAGGGUCUCUUGCAUUUAAGAAUUGCUGCUAAAACAUGUCUCUGAGUAAGAAUUUGUUCUGAAACAUGUUGGGCAUAAAUAUUAUUUCAUGCACCUAAACUUCCCUCCCUAUUUUUUUCCCUUACCAAAUUCAUAACAUAAAAAAAGGUUGUGCGUUGUUUGUAGUAUAGAUGGCAACCGAUUAUGCUAUUGUGCUUGUGUGCACAGCGCUGAACCUGAAAGUGGCAGAAAAUGUCACUAAAAAGGGGGGCAGGGCACAUUUAUAUGUGCUCUGCUGAUGCAUGCAGGGGCCAGGAACGGAACCCCCCCAUUAAAUGGUUGCCGACUGUAAUGCUCCUUGAAUUGAGUAAGGAAAUACAUGUUCUCCUUGAGUUCUUGGUGGCCUUAGAUAUCAUUGACCACAGUAUCCUUUUGGGAAGGUGGGGUUUGGAGCAGUGUACUUCAGUGCUUCUUCUCCUACCUCCCAGACCAUUUCCAGAAAGUAGUUGGGGUGGGGGGCACGGCUCAACACCAUUGGAGUUUCCCUGUGGGGUCCUGCAGGGUUCAGCCUUGUCCCCCAUGAUAUUUCACAACUCUCUGUAGCCACUGGGGGCUGUCAUAAGGAGAUAUUAAGUGAAGUGUCACCAGUCUGCAGAUGAUACCCAACUCUAUAGUUCUGUUCCAACUGAAUUAGGAGAGGGGGCUGAAGUCCAGGACUGGUGCUUGGAGGCAGUGAUGUACUGGAUGUUGGCCAACAAAUGAAAACUACUGAUGUGUUCAAGUUCCCAAGUUUAGGAGGUGGAACUAGAUGGGGCUGUAUUUCCCUUGGAAUAGCAGAUUUGUAGGUUGGGGGUAUCCAGCGUCAUCACUGGAAACUUAGGUACCGUAUUUUUCGCCCCAUAGGACACACUUUCCCCCCUCCAAAUGUGAAGGGGAAAUGUGUGUGCGUCCUAUGGGGCGAAUGCAGGCUUUCGCUGAAGCCUGGAGAGCGAGAGGUGUUGGUGCGCACCGACCCCUCUUGCUCGCCAGGCUUCACGCAGAUCUCCACAAGCCGUGGGAGCCCGCGCCGGGCUCCCGCUGCUUGCUGAGAGUUGCCUGCAUGCCGAAGGCUGGGCGCGCUGAGCCCAGCGCGCCCAGACUUCGCGCACCUCUCCGCAAGGCGAGGGAGCCCUGCGCUGGGCUCCCACUGCUUGCGGAGAGUUGCCUGUUCUGGGGGCUGGGGUCGGGGGAAGCUCGGGCUUCCCCCACCCCAGCCCUGCGCCUGGGGGGGAAAUAAAUUUUUUCCCUUUAUUUCCCUCCCCAAAAACUAGGUGCGCCUUAUGGGACGGUGCGUCCUAUAGGGCGAAAAAUACGGUAGCUAGGAAUGUCUAUUUCCAUCUUUAGCGGGUUCAUGAAAUACAACACCUUUUGGACAGAAAUGACAACUCCACGCUCUGGUAACUUCCAGACUAGAUUUUUGCCAUUCACUCUGUGUGGGACUACUCUUGAAAACUACUCGGAAAUUUCAGUGUUGCUUUUUAAACUUCUGGAACCUGCCCUGGAACCUUGUGGUGAAAGGUGGGUAAGAAUUGAAAUAGUAAUAAUAGGCUGCAAACUUUGGAAUGCAUUAAACUGAAAUUCCUUGUGGUUUGGAUAAAUAAGCAAAAAGCUAGUAUAAAUAUAACUGGUUUUAUUAUAUCCCAGUAUGCUUUGAUUAAGUUAUUGAAUCACUGUCACUUUGGCUAAGUUACUCAUAGGUUUAUACUAACACUUUGGGGCAUGAGCCGAAGAAUAUGACAUGUUUUCUCUUUUCCAGUCCAGAAACACUUGAAAUCCAUGGUUCAUUUACUUGGCUUGGGCAAACACAAUACAAGCUUCAGCUGAAAAGCCAGGAAGUAUCCAGCCUGCAGUUAAAGGCCUGUUUCGUCCACACAGGAGUUUAUAAUCUUGGAACCCCACGAGUUUUUGCCAAGCUUUCGGACCAGGUUACUUUGUUUGAAACAAGUCAGCAGAACUCGAUGCCAGCACUGAUCAUCAUUGGCAAUGUUUGACUUGCUGCAGGUUUAUUUAAAACCAAAAAGAAAAGAAGUGUUUUGAGUACUGUUACUUACUUCAUUACUUUUAACCUGCAACCUUGGCAUAUGAACUGUUAAAAUAGUGUAGAUAAAAUUCCAAACUAUUACAAGUACUUGUCUCCUUCUGUUUCAUAAUGCCUGGUACAUUAACUUGACAGAACAUUUAUUUUUAAAAAAGUAUUCCAUAAAUUAAGUGGAAAUACGCAACAUUACUGGUGAUAUCCAAUGUUAGUCAUGCUCAGAACAAACCCAAUGAAAUCAAUUGACUUAAUUUCUGUGGGUCUACUCCAUGUAACUUAAUUGGGUAUCAUCCUCUUCGUAACAGAAUUGGAAACUCCUGUAUACUUUAGACCCUGUCAAAUGCAGCCAUACUGCUGUUAAAACCUGUGUUAAUAUUUGUGGCUGCAUUAGGAAGCAAUUUAGGGCACAGACCCCUGCUGGCAUUUUUAUUUGUUUGUUUGUUCAUGAACCAUUUUUUCAUAACAUUUCUGUGAAGUUCAAUAAGAUACAAAAAUAAAUCCUACCCAGUUUUUCAUUUUCCACUUUUUAAAAAGUGAAAUUGGGAUUUCUUUCAUAUUCUGAUAGCCAGUCCUCUUUGCAAACUGCAUAUAACUCCACUUAAUAUCCUUUAAAAACAGAAAACCCCAGUUUAGAUAUGUUCUCAUUCAUCUCAGUACAAAAUGCACUAUUUCACAACCAUUAAAGUUUGUCAUGUAAACACAUCCACUUUAUUAUGUAACUAUAACAAUUCAGAUGAUCUGUUUAAAUUACCAGUUAAUUAAGCUUUUCGAGAAAUGUAUUAUAUUUAUAACAAAUGUGCUGUAAAUAGAAUAAAAUGUGCACCAUAUUCACUGUAUUGAUUUAUUUCAUGAUGUUUCUGAAAUGAUGACAGAAAUUAAGUAGAUGCCUGUUAAUGGUUUGUUCUGGAUCGUUGUCUUGAAGCAGAUGAUAGCGAAGAAAUUGAAGCUCAGUCCAGAUCAAGAUUGAGACACAAGACACUGUUAGUAGGCGGUACCCUAGACCGGAUGGAUGGGAGGUGGCUUGCUGUUGAUGGGGUAACACUCCCUCUGGAGGAACGGGUAUGUAGUUUGGGGAUCCUUCUGGAUCCACUGCUGUCGCUUGAGGUGCAGGUGGCCUCGGUGGUGUGGAGUGCCUUCCAUCAGCUUUGUGUGGUGGCCCAGCUGCACCAGUAUCUGGACAGAAAUAGCCUAACUUCUAUAUUCUUUGUUCUGGUAACCUCUAGGUUACAUUACUGCUUCACAUAAUAUGUGGGGCUGCCUCUGAAGAAUGUUUGGCAGCCUCAAGUGGUGCAGAAUUUGGCAGCCAGGUGGCUCACCAGGACAAGACAGUUUGAGCAUAUAACAUUGAUCCUAGUCCAGCUGCACUGACUGCAAGUUUCUGGGUGCAAUUAAAAAUGCUGGUUUUUGACCUAUAAAGCCUUAAAUGGCUCAGGACUGCAGUACCUCAAGGACCAUCUCUCCCCAUAUGAACUGACCUGGACCCCGUGAUCAUCAUAGAGGCCCUCCACGAGAGAGUUCUAGAGGGUAGCAACAUGAGAAAAUCCCUGCCUGAUCUCCCCAGGGAGGCUUGCCUUGCGUCUUCACUGCAUAUCUUUAAGUGCUAGGUGAAAAUGUUUCUCUGUAACCAGGCCUUUGGCUGAUUACACAUUCUAUAGCCUUUUAAAUGUGUUUGUGGGAUGAGGUGUUAAUGGUUUCUUUGGGUCUUUUUAUGUAUUUUGUGUUUUCAUUUUGUAUAUGUUGUGAAUCACCCUGUGAUCUUUGGAUGAAGGGCAGCACACAAGUUUAAUAAAUAAUAAUAAGUUAAGC